CCCCUAUCCAUUGCCGCUCCCCUUCUGUCUCUCCCCGCCUCAUUGAGAUCACAUGGAAUUUAUGUUAAAAAAUAGAAAAAAACAACAACUCGGGGACCAGAAAGAGUGCAAGCAGUGAGCACAAUGGAGCAGAGGUAAGCAGGGGUUGCAGAGAAGCAUGGUUGGACUUAGAGGAGUAAGAACUGGGGGUUAGUAUGGAAAAACCUAUAGUUAGGCUUUCACUGCCAUUGGUGUCUCCGGAGAAAAGUUUGCAAUGAGCCUGGCAUCUCUACAGAGUCUGCAAAUGGAGUACCCAGCAAGAGAUGGGCACAUACUAGCCUAAUGCCUGCCUCGCCUGGGAUAGGGGGACAGGGAUAUAGAAUGUCAGGAGAUGAUGAUUAAUGCGGUGUAACUGCCAGGAUUCUAACAAGACAAGGUCCCCUCUCUGGGUGGACACUGUGAUGUUCCUGCUAGGUAAAGAAGAUACUGACCAUAAAAAGCAGGUCAAGGGGUUACUCACUAACAGGUUAAUCAGGGAUACAAUCUGACAUCAUGGAUCAUGGUAGUGAAGUAUGCCUAUGAGUGGGUUAAUGUUGCACUUUAAAGGUUUUUAGAACUUAUCAAUAAUGAAAAACUUGUUUGGGUUGGGAAAGUACUAAAUGGGGAGCCCUUACCAUGGACACAUGUAUAAUAUCUGUUUCUUUAUAAAAGCUCCCGUUUUGCCCUCAUUAAUACCCAUUAUAUCCUCUUGGAGUUUGAAGGUGCCCAGCUGAUUUGAUGUCGUAGGUCAGUUGUUCUUGGCACCGUCUGUUCUUGUAGUUCUGUGCAUGUGGGACAGGGGUGGGAAAACCUUUGGCAUUGCAGAUGUUGCGGACUACAUUUCCCACAAUGCUGGUACAGUUACAAUACUGGCAAAGCAUCCGGGGGGAUGUAGUACACAACAUCUGGAGUGCUGAAGUUGCCUAUGCCUGAUAUAGGCAUGGAUCACUAGCACUGGCAACUGCAGAUGUUUGUGAAUAAAAUGUCCGAAAAGUCUGAGCUCCAUGGGAAAUUUGGGACACACCUGGACACAUAUGGCCCCGGCAGAAGAGAAUUAAUUUUAAGUCAUAUAGCUACACCCAGUAAAGGUGUUUCAGGAACUUUUGGAUGACAUUUUUUUUUCUGUGAAAAAAAGGAACCCCCCAAAAGUGAAUUAGAAAGUUAAUGCUUAUAAUAAUUAAGCCGUGCAGUGUUGUUCGUCUUUAGUUCAGAUGUUUGGGGUUUUUGUUUGUGCCUAUUUUAGCCUAACGUUUCCGUUUUCAGUUCUGCACAAUUCACAGUUUAAUGAACAAACCCCUGUAUGUUGAAUGGAGAGGUUUAGAUUACCGAAUCAAUUGUUCCGUUGUGUACUUUGCCAUGGUUAACUCACACACUUACAGAAUUCUGUGUAUCAGUUUGCUUUACCCGUAUGAGGCAGGUUCUGUAUUGCAGAUCCUCCUCAUUGCAUGUUCUAGAUUACCGUGCCGGGCAAUAUAAAGCAAUUCAUUUUCCAUUCCUACUUCAAGUUCUGCUAGACAGGUCAGAUCCACCAUGUUUUCCUCAAAAGUUCUGUCCUACAGUAUGCUGGCCUGCAAUACGCAUAAUUCACAUGUUACAGGAAGUAAAUGAAGGGGGAAUCCCUGUGGAACUGCUAAUUCAGCUAAUUCACUGUCUAGUUCAUGGACAAUAUAUAACAAAUUAUAAAGAAAAUAAUGUGAAGCAAAAUAAAGAUAUAUACAAAAAUACACAAUGAUUCUGUAAAUGGACAUAAUGGCCGUACCUUUUAUUUAAAGGGUUUGAGAGGCAUUGCACAUAACCAUAACUAAAUUGAAUAAAUAAACCGUACAUAAACUUAAACAAAAAUAAUCGGCCCUCAGAUCCAAAUUGUUAUUAUCUUGCCUCUGUCCACCCCCUCAAUAUUGGAGGUGACCAUACAUCUUCAUAUGAAGCCUAUGUGAGAUAAUUGGGUGGGAUAUUUUCGCCCCAGCAAGAUGAAGAGGUAUAGCCAUCGCAAAUGCUGCCCUAAACAAACUACUAACAUGGCACGCGCCCUAGACGAAAUCUUAACAGAACAUAUCGGAUUUUUGCACAACUAUUGCUUGGAAUAUUUGUUAAAACCAGCUUAAACAUGCCUGCUCCUAAUAUACCUGUUCUACCUUGAUGCACGCUUAACCACAGACUUAACUGUGUCCAGCAAUGGACAGUUUACAGCGCUACAUCCUUUCCUACAACACGUUGCAUCCUUUCUGAGCGGAUGAAUUUCACACACUAAGGAGGUAUUUUUCCUUAGGAAGGUUGGGUCUAUCAUCCGUAGGUUCUAAAGAGUAAGUCACAUCGCCAGUUAUCAUUGAGCAGUUACUUUUACCUUUCAUUGUCUGAAAUUCUGCAAAAAAUGUAAAAUUAUUUUCAACAUCAGCUUGAUUUGAGUGCAGCUCCUAGUACAGGGGUGCCCAAAAGGUAGAUCCCUAGAUGUUUUAAAACUACUGCAUCCAUUAUGCUUUGUCAUUCUGAAGGCAUGCUAGGCAUCAUGGGAGUUGUAGUUCAUCAACAUCUGGGGACCUACAUUUUGGCACAUCCCUGCCCUAGUGCAUCGGUAGCAUUAUAUAUAAAAUACAUGGACUAAAUCUUAGAGCAGGUGCCAUCUGUUGCAUUCUAUAUUAAAUACAUGGGCUAAGUCUAGGAGCAGGUGCCAUGGGGACAGCACUAUGUAAACGUGUUCUUUAAUCACAAUAAUUCACUAGAACUUUGUACAUCUAUACUUUAAAUCUUAAAGCUCCUUCUGAUCCCUCUCGCCUGCAAGUUCCAGGUUCUCUAUCCAUGAGCCUCUUCCAGAAGCCAUCAUGUUCUGUACUCUGUGUGUCAAUGUUCCAUGUUCUAUACUGUUUAUCUUCUUUCUCUUGAUUUACAGCUGAUCUCUCUUUUCAGUAUAUCCCAGACGCUGUACUCCGUGUCCUUUCUCCCAUCGAUGCAUUGCUGAUCCUUUCUUCCAUUAAUGCGCCAUGAUCUUUUAUUCGCAGAAUUUGCUUUGUUUUCUCGCAUUUUUUAAUAUAACCUGUUAUUAGGAUGACUUUCUGUCCCUAAACACUCUGUUCUGUGCUGCUGACCUUCUGUUUUCUGAAAGUACCUUGUUGUGUACUGCUGAUCCCUUCAUUAUACUAGAUUUUGCUCAGCUGAUCCUUUAAAUAAACCUUCGUCCUGUUUCUCUGAAACGUGGCAUUUUCUGUCCUGCUGAACCUUUUUCACCUAAUUCGCAAUGUUUUGUAAUUCUAAUUCUUUCUUCCUUGACUGCACGACAUUGUGCACAACUGGCCUGGACUCUCCCGUCAACAUAUCAUAGUCAGUACUACAGCACCUCUUAAACCUAAAUGUACUAGUUUCUAAGGUAUGGUUCUAUCAAAGGUACACUCCAAGCACCAGAACAGGCAUAGGCAACCUUCGGCACUCCAGAUGUUUUGGACUACACCUCCCAAGAUGCUUUGCCAGCAUUACGGGUGUAACAGCAUUAUGGGGGAUGUAGUCCAAAACAUCUGGAGUGCCGAGGUUGCCUAUCAGGAGUGCCCUGGUGCAAACCCACGGUAAGUAGUCGAAUUGUAAAUAAUACGGUUUGACAACUUACCUGUAUAUGCAGCAAAUAUGGUUAUUUUGCAGAGUAAACGGUAAUCAGUAAUAGGUUGGGAGAGGUAUAAAAUAAGAAAAACAAAUAGAAUAAUCUAAAUAACACACCCAUUAGUUGGUACGUGGAGGUGAGUUCACCAUAAUUUGCAUAGCCUAUAGUCAUAUCCUAGGUAGACCAUCCGGAUAAAUAAUACAGCCAGAACCUCCUGGUUUUUGUAUUUUAUUCUACAAAGCCAUUUAUAAUGGCAGGAAGUUCCUCUAUGUCCUGUUUAUCUUUAGCCCAUGUGUACCUGCUGUGGGACCGAUGAAGAGGAUGUUUGUCUUGAUCUAGUUGCAUUUAGCAGAUGUUUAAUUAGGGAUUUCUGGAUUUUAAAAAUAAAUAAAAUGUAGCAUUGUUUCAGCCAGUAGGGAGUUUCCUCCUAUGCAAUCUAUGUCACUGUGUCAUGAAUAGCCUUCCAACAUGGGACAUUCCCACUAUUUGUAGAACAUUGAAACCAUUCCUUCCCGGCAACACCACUAGUGCAUGGUCUUCAGAAAACCUCUGCUGCAGCUGAAGGGGUUGGUGUUCAAUUCGUAUUAAGGGCUUAGAAUGACGUUCCUAAAAUGUUGUACUCAAACUUUGGUAUGCCCAAAUCAUGAUUAUGAAAUAACAUGUAAAUAUCUUUCACUAAAGAUGCCUUACCAUAAACUGUAUUUUUGUGUAGGGCCUAUGUACAUUAUGUCGGGACUGCAUAGUAAAAAUGGUGGAUCUAAUGAUAGAGAAAAUACCCCAUCACUUUGAGACUCUAAGUUCAUUCCUUUCCAGAUCUCCUUAGAUCAGUGAUGGCGUUAAAAGGGGAAGUGUCUCUUUUCAUUAUGUUGUGUUUACGUAUCUUCUAUAUUUAACAAAUGUGUUUUUUUUGUGAUAAGUAAAAAGUAAAUGGAACAAUCCACACCUCACUGUAUUGCAACUGAAUACCACCGUGUUGGCUCACUGUAUCAUUGUUGUAACCUAGAAGUCAGUGUUGAGGAAAAUGAGAGGAGUUUGGAGCCGAAUUGUUGUUGCUCUUCAUCCAAUAAAUCUGCCUGCAUUUUAGAUCCAGGCUUUCCUGCUGCUAUUUAAUGAUGCUGGAGUUUGGUCAUCUCUGGACCUGAUGCACGGUAGCUUUUCUGAACGUGUUUUUGGCCAACUUUUCCUUGCUGUGUCUGGAUUUAACUGGAUUAAGACGUAAUUUACUUAAUCUGUUAGAUACAUUUUAUAGACAAUGGUGCAUCAUUUAAAAAAAAGUUAACACAAGUUCUUUGUAAUUUUUUAUGUUAUAUUCUGUGUUAAAAAUUUCUGUAGCAUGAUGGUUCCCCAUUAGCUUUAACAUUUUAAACUUCUGGGAUUUAUAUUUUAUUUGGCGUCCAACUAGCUAGAAAGAUCUACCAUACCAGGGUUAGCCAGCAGUGUCCCAAUUCAAUGCAGAUACCUCCAAGUUCAUUCCUUUCUACCUGCAAACAUCACACCUCUCAUAUUUACAUGGCAGAUUCCGAAUCCAGCUUUACGUGUGCCAAAUUUCAUGGUAUUGUCCUCUUAAAUAUCAGCAUUCCCAGCUCUGAAUACCCGUCCUCCCGCCCUCUCCUGUCCGGAAAAUGUUAUCAUUGCCGUUGGCCUUGGAUUUACCAGGCUUAGUGUGAUGUCUAAAUACCCAUGUAUAUGUGGGAACCUCUGCUCUUCCCAGCGUUCUGUGUCCCAACCAUAAUUAGACGAAAGAUCUGAGACGUUGAAAGGGGUGGUGAAAUUAAAAACUGGCAACGUAAGGUGCACAGAUUUCACCUUUUAAGGUUUUGAGCCUAUUUCAAUACUGCCCUGUAUUAUAGAUUUUUAGACGCAAACCUCGUAAGGAGUACAAUUGGUUAGGCUAACCUAGGGGUGCAAAGAGGUAGAUCCCCCCUAUAAAUUUAGAACUGUAAUUUUCAUGAUUACUUUGCUUUUCUAAAGACUUUCUUAAAGACUUAACUAUAAAAAAGUUUUCUGUCUUCAUAAAAUAUUUGGGUUAAUGUAUUGUCUCAUACCAUACCCUGUUUUUUGCCUCCAUGUAUUAAUUGUGUCUCUCCUAGUUGGAUUAUCUUGCGUACGCACCCAAUUUGCUUUAACGCACUCCCUUUUUUCCAGUGUUGUGUUUUCUUUAACAACAUCUGUGCGGUUUAUUUCUUCUGCAACCAUUUCUGAAACUGUCUUAGUUUACUCCUUAUCGUCGCACUCCUUCCAAAACGCAGCCUCCCUUUCUUAUAUCCACCUUAAUUGCUCUUCCUUCCCAUGGUCUCCUCCCUCACAUUUUCUAAAUUUAGUCUCUUUUCACUCAAUUUCAUUUUUUAUUUUUUUUAACAAUCUAUGCCUUGAUAAACAGAGCUGAUUAUGAAAUUGUACACAUUUUAUGUGUCACCCCAACCGUUCCUUAUUACAAUGUAAGGAAAAAACGGAUGUUCCCUUCACAGUUAUCAGUAUUCAUUUAACCUUAAUAUGAUCUAAUCGUAAUAAUAAACAAAAUAUUAUUAAACAUGAAAACACAGAAAAAAAAUCAUUAUUUUUACAUGUUUAUUAAACAAGUACUAAAACAGUAUUAUAAAGCUCUGAAAUAAUCGACUAUAUUAUGAAAGUAAUAUGAAUCUGAUGUUUUUAUCAACAUGAUGGCAAUUAAAUUUGAGUUUGUAGGCCUUUCCUUAUAAAGCACGCACAAGUCGUUGGUUGUCAAAGUCACAGUCUGUUCUACAGGAUACAAGUUUAUGAAGUGAAUCAUGCACUGCUGAAAAAAAUUAUGAGGGUAACAGAAAAAAAGUUGUCUUUUCAGGAGGCUGGAAAAUGUUACAACACUAUUGCUAAAGACAUUGGCCUUUUUUUUAGUCCACAGUCAGGCUGAUGGAAUAGACUUAAAGGAAAUCCAGCAGUUUUAUCAUGCCUCCCAAAUGUCCCCUAACAGAAGAGGAAUGAUAGUCCAUGUUGUAGGCCCAAUACCCUCUGUCUAGGAGCUUUGUAUUGUUCAUGUGAUAGAGCUCCACAGAAAUAAUACUCCCAGUAAUAUGUCUUUAAACUACCAUAAAUGUGUUUAGAAGUCAGUCUGUAUAAAUACGAUAUAUUGAUCUUGUUCUAAAUUACAUUUUAGUUGCAUAAAUUGUUAUUAGUAAGCCAUCUAAAAUGUCUCAGAACAGCUCAGCACCCACUCACACCCCUAAAAUGAAAGUGCAUUCUUUGUCAAUUUGAAAUGUUGGGGGUUAUGGUUCUCUUUCUCAUGUGCUGGUUGUUAUUCUGAAAUCUUUCCAAGUUUUACAAUAAUCCAGGGAUUUACUGAGCAAACUGAAUCUGUUCCUUGGGGUAACAUCCAUGCCCAUUGUCACCCGUAAAGAAAACCCCAAAAGUGUGGUGUGUGUGAAAGGAUACCUAGUAGUUAUCCAUUAGUGUUCCAAAAAGUGUUGCCACUUGUUUCAUGGCCCCUGGCUAAUCUGUGCUAAAAAGGCAUAGAUGUGCAUGUGCUUAACAAGUACUUGGGUGGACAUAGGAGGAAGAAUUGGGUUUAUAGCUAAAGUGUUUCCUCUAUUUCCAUGGUGCAAUACAUAAAAUAAGGUACUUACGAAUACGUACCAGGGAGGUCAGGUGUGUUUCACUUGUCUGGAUUAUUAUAUUUUUGGACCACGGAAAUCUAAAAUAAAAUGAUGACAUUUUAAUUUUGUGUAUCCUAUUAAUUGUCAUAUUAAAGGAACAUAAUAAUAGUGUUAGGAAUACAAACAUGGUGCCCAGCCACCCUCAGAUUGGAGAUAAAAGGUAGUUUACUUACCUUUCCUCCUUCACCGCUCUGGUCUCACCGCAGUUUGCCCUGCCUCAAUGGCCAAGAUUAUCAAUGUUGAUGAUCUCAGCCAAUCGAAUGCUUUCAUGGGUUCUGGUGACUAUAGUGUCCCUUUAAGUGCGUUUACCAAUCUUUGUUUUGGCAGAGGAUGCUAUGAUUUGUUAAUUCCUAUGGGCGAUGAGGAUAGGCUAGUAUAAUAGUUUUUCACAGACCAUAAGUGUCUGAUAUUAAUGUUAAGGAUUUUGUUGUGCUGAGCCCUUUGAUUUAAAGUACAAUAAACUAUGCAGAGACCCUAGGUAUUACGGAUCACCAUAUUUGUAGUUAUUUCAGUUUACAUGUGAAGUACUGCUAAUCAUGUACUACUAAGUGUAUUAUCUCAUAAAUCUACUGAUGCAUUUCCUAGCUACUCGGCUAACACAAAAUAUAGAUAAAUGUGGUGAUUCUGUUACUUUUGAUAAGGGUCUUUAAGGGGUCACUCCAGGUUACAACUGAAUUAUGCCCUUUUCACACUAUUUAGCUAAUACAUUAACGAUAUAUGCAAUCAAUUUACAAUAAUAGCUAAUAAAUGGCAUUUGAGGUCCCUGCACUUGCUGCAAAUCCCCGCACUUGCUGCCAAUCCCCAGGCUGAGCAGUUUUUUCAGUGAGCUCAUUCUCACCUAAGCAGGAUAUGGUAUGGCCAUUCCGUUGUGAUGCUGGGCACUUCCCAUAAAUCCUUGAACAGCAGGGCUUUAUGUACACAGCACGGAUUUAUGUACACAGCACGGAUUUAUGUACACAGCAGUGUAUUUUAUGAGCUUUAGUCCAGUAACCUUUUUCCCUUUUCUCCAGUUAGGUUUCUCUUGCAUAAAGCUGACAGCUAAUCCCCCUCAUCCCUUUGCUGUGCAGCGUCACACCACGGUGCAGUUAUAUAUUUUAAUAAAUAUAAUGUACAACUUUUUGUUGUGGGAGAUGAGGAAAAAGGUAAACAAACAGCCUGAUUUCCCCCCUCACUGAAAGGAGAACUUGGCCCUGAGGAUGGACUUGGGGUAGGCGUGGCACGGGAGGGGCGUUCAGCCAUUAGUUAUCUGUCUCCAGCCUGCUAUGUGUGCUCGUGACAGAUUCCCACUAUGCACAGAAUUCACAUUAGCCGGCCUGGAACUCCUUGCGCACUUUCAAUGUGCACUUUCUCUGUUUGUGCAGUGUUUCAAACUGAAUCGCUACACAUACAGAUUGUGAGUGCCAUAACCACAUCAAACAAGGGAAGUGGUGAUAGUGAUUAGAGUGACCCUUUAAGCGCUGGUUUGGAAACUGCUGACCGAACAUACACAUUGGACACAUCACUUUGUGUGCUUGGAUUAUCCUUUUAAAGGGUUACUCCAACUCCCAUAAUCACUUCAGCUUUUAGAAUACAGAGAUAUUCGCACUUAUGAGGUGGGGUCUACUUACACCCCGGCACACUUAACUUAGGCAGCCCACAAACUCUGUUCCGGGCUUCCUAAUGUCAAUUCAGUGCAAAAAAUACAUGCAGGCAGCUUCCCCCUAGAUGGCAGUGAUUAGAGACAUAACGCCCCUUCCACCCAAAUACUAGUCGAGAUGUAGCAUAGGAGGAAACACAACUGACCUUUAUUGAAAACAGCUUAUCUAUUUAUACCCCCAACAUCCUCAUUUACAUACAAUAGGCGUACAGUGGAACACAUAGUUCUCCUUCAGGUCCUCCACCGUAAUCCCCUCCCAAACAGUACAGUAAGCCUAAGUCAACCAAUAGCAGUAUGGACCUGGGACAGCAACCAAUUACAUUAAAAAGCUUAGAUUACAUUACAACUAAAUGGCGCACUGCGGUUGCAAGGAAUGGUCACGACAGACAAUAACAAGGGCUAAGAACCACGUCGGAAAUUUAAAGCCACUUCAAACUGGUCUGGAAGUGUCGAUGGAAUAAUGGGAUAACGCUCUUCUAGGAAAACAGGAAAGGGUGAGAGGGAAAGGCACAUACAACCUGGACAAUAAAUACAUUUAAUCCCCACCGUUUUAACCCAGCUGACAAGCAAUUGAAAGUUGGGUAAUCGUCUCUUAGUAAAUGUUUCAAAUCCAUACCACGGAGAAGUAGUAGUUCCAACUGUUCCCCUAUACCCACCUCCCAAAAAACAGAACAUUGCCUAUAGUUGACGGGGAGGAAGCCCAGGUGCCAGGGUAAUGGAGGAUUCCGUUACAAUAAUCCAUCCAGACCUUUAAUUGCUCCAGGCAAGUAUAUAUAUUGUCUAAAUGAGAAACUGAGUUUACAUGCCACUUUAAUUCAUGGUACAAAAAUGUAAGGUUCAUCACUCCAUGGAUUUCUGUUCAGGUUAUACCUAGGUAUACAAGGUAUAUUUUUAUAGAUGUUUUCUUAAUAAAAUGUGAUUACAAACUGUUAAUUUAAUUCUGGAUUAAUUACCUUUACAGAUAUUAAAUUGACAGGGAGACUGUGGAUGUGACUGAGACACACAUUAUGGGACAGACCAAUGGAAGAGCACCUAGAAAGAUUUUGCGGCUGACCAUUCAAGAGCAAUCUAAGAUUAUAGAUUAAAAAUCUGAGUAAAAAUAACAGUCCAUCACAGAAGAAAUGGAACCAUCAAAGUUGCCAUCUAUAACAGAAGACUUUCAGAAACUAGAGUGUGAACCAGAUAAGGGCAUAGAAACUCAUGAGCAGGUCUCUAAAACACAAUGGCAAAGUCACACCAGAAAGAUGAACCACCGGUCCGUACAGAGAGAAAGCUUAAAUGAUGACCUUCCUGAACAUGAAGUGAAAAAGAGCAUGGUGAGAGCCUCGGACCGCUCCAUCUCGAGCACAUCCACCUGCUCAUCAAUUACGUAUUCUUCUCCAGAAAGUGACCAGGUAUUCAGUGAAGAAGAAGACCUCCAGAUAAAGCGCAAAACUCUACGUAAGGUGAGAAGUCGUUGGUGGUACUGUGGAGGAACAAAUCUUUUUUCAACGUGAUCUUGUUUCUGUGACAAGGGGUUAAGAAAUGCAGCAUUAUGGUGGCAGCCUUUGUUUGUCAGAGAGGAAAAGAUGCAAUUUUCUCUCGCUAACUAGACAAUAGGGAGAACAUUAGCAGGUAGGGACACUGUGGUAUUGUCAGAAACAAAAUUAUAGCUUAGCAGUCAGUGUGUGGGUUGCUCGGAUAGUUGAGCUUUUCUGAGGAAAGGAGAUGGAAAAAUAUAGCAUAGUUUACACUGUAAUAGGACUCUUACAGGGUUAUUCAGUGAAAUGUAAAUUGUCAGGAAUUCAAAAUAAAUUUUAAAUUUAAGCCCAAAAUGGAAAAUAUUUCCAAAUCAGCUUUGUAUUCAGGUUUUUUUUGGCCCUAAAAUUAAAAAUGUUACUUUUAAUUUAUAAUUCAUACUUUAGUAAAUGAUUCAUUUGGUAUAAUUAUACUGCCCUGAUUAUUAUUACGUGUCACUCUGUGAUUCAGGAACAUAUUUGCAGAACCUGUCUGUCUUCCUUACAGUUCAAUGCGUGACUUAUCUCAUGUGUGCACGUUUUGUUAAUGUGACCAAAUUUAUAUCCCCUAUUAUCGAUUCUCACUGUGAGCUAAUGGAUGAGUAGGUGUCUCCUGUCUAUAGGGGGACACUAUUGUCUCUUUUCUAUCUGUGUGUUCAUGUGAGGAGUGUGCAGACAUGUAUCUGUCUUCAGUCAAACACACAGAAAGUGCAGACCUGUGCAGACUUCUCUCUAUUAGACAGGUAUUUAUUUGGUAAGUGUUGAUUUGAACACUGAACAGUUGAAUUUAAGCCAAACUAGUCAGAUUACUCAAUACUUUCCAGUCGCUCGUAAGCAGAGGACUUCAGUAAAAUCAUAAAAAACAUUUUAACAAAGCAGUUAUCGUAACGGACGCUUAAUUCCUUUCUGCAUGCGCAUGUCCUGGGGCUCCUUCUCUGCUGCAGGUUGGACUUCUCCAAUACAUAGGACAAUAACGGCACUCACAGAAAAUUCAGAUUAAAGGACCACUAUAGUGCCAGGAAAACAUCCUCGUUUUCCUGGCUCUAUAGGAUCCUUGGGUCCCCCUCACCCUCAGGGCCCCACUCCCGCCGGGCUCUAGAGUGAGGAAGGGGUUAAUCCUCCCUCGGCGCUGGGGACUCUCCUCCUCCUUUCCCGUCAUCGGCUGAAUGCGCAUGCGUGGCAUGAGCCGCACGCGCAUUAAGCCAGUCUCAUAGGAAAGCAUUCUCAAUGCUUUCCUAUGGACGCUGGCGUCUUCUCACAGUGAGAAGCGCGGAAGCGCCUCUAGCGGCUAUCAAUGAGACAGCCACUAGAGGCUGGAUUAACCCAUUUGUAAACAUAGCAGUUUCUCUAAAACGGCUCUGUUUACCGCAGAAAGGGUUAAACCUAGAUGGACCUGGCACCCAGACCACUUCAUUAAGCUGAAGUGGUCUGGGUGCCUAUAGUGGUCCUUUAAAUCCGGGUCCGAAUAAAACUUUACUAAGGAAAAACAAACACAUCCCCAUCCUUUGGAGAGGGCAAAUGUCCAACAAAGUCCGAACGUGUUUUGUGUGGAUAGUGACAGGUAUCUACUGCUAUGUGCAGUCACAUUCUUUUAUAUCUCAAACUCCAGUGAAACCAUUAGAAAAUAACAGGCAGUGUAUCUAACUUGCUUCUGACUUUAAACUGGUUAAAUUACUAACACAACUCAGUGACAGAAUCGUUACAAUUCACAUCAUUUGAGUUACAACGUACAUUAUCAGUGUUAAAUUUAUAAUUCACCAUUUAGUGAAUAACCCCUUGAAGUCUUCUUUUCUUGUAUUUUGAAAUAUCUGAGAGCUGUUUUGUGGAGGAAUCACUGUCACUGUGCAGAUGUAGAGACUAUUAGCUUACUUACCAUAUGUACACUUGUAUAACAUCCAUUACAUUUUUCAUAUUUCUUAUGCUUUGUUUAGAGGGGUUUAGGGAGGGGGGAUUUGAGGGUUUAACGUUGACAUUUAAUUUAUUUUCCAUUCCAUCUAGAUUACAAUUGACCCUAUGAAUAGAGCAGCAGCUGACGCUAUACCAGUCGGGCCUGGAAUAUCCUGUUAGCGCAGAGCUUUACCUUAUUUGGGAUUUUUAAUUAAGUGAGAGUAUGUUGAUUUUCUAAAGAUGGCUUUGGACCAUGGAAAAUGAUUAUGCAUCUGUAGAAAGUCGAGUGCCCUAUGGUCAUAUUGAGCUAAAUCCAUGCCAGGUAUAAGAAGAAGUGGAAACCAAAGCAAUUAUCAGCUAGCUGGGAGAGUGGGAAUGCCUAAAGUUAUGUUUAUUUCUGCCUCUCUACCAAGUGGGAAAAAAAACUAUUUGUGCUUUUUGUCACCAUUUCCUUUGUUUCUGUGACUUGGUAAAUGGUUAGAAACGAGUAGAAUUUUUGUUAACAUUGUUGCGCUGUAGAGUGGCUGAUGCCAUCCUUUUGUGCGAUAAACACACCAGACCCGUAUUACCAGUUUGUGUUUAACUGAUGAUAAACCGACCUGUCUGGUAAGCCGGUGUCACCUUGCAGUGGCUUGAAGACGCAAUGUACCGGAUACGUAGCCAUGCCAUCCUGCAGGCACACUACCGGUUGUGGCAAGGUUCACACACUAAUGGGUAGAUUGUAAUUCUGAUGUAGCUGGGAAUUGGUGCAAUUAGAGAGAGGCUCCACACGGCAAGGGGUGUAAUAGAGACACACAGCGUGACAAGAACUGAUUGCGUAAUGUUAAAUAAUGGCGUGCACGGGGAGAGGGUGUAAUUAUGAUAGAAGGAACAGGCUCAUCCUGUGUUUGCACUAUAUGCAACCUUACAUAGAUACAGUGGGUGUAAAAAUAGUAGCCGAAGAAGCAGGAGUAAUAAUGGUACACGGAGAGAGGAAACGAUACUAGUACAUAGAAGAAGUGUGAGGAAUGGUACAUGGGAGGCAGAUGGAAAAACUCUAAUUCAUAGUGCACAUGGUUUAAUGGUUCACUGCGGGGGAGGGGAGAUAAUGGCCCAUGGAGGGAGAGAGAGGAAUGGUGCACCAAGAGAAAGAUAAGACACUGAUGUAUUGAGAGAGGGGGAGCAAUGGUACAUUGAGGGAGGAGAGGAGUUUAAUAUUAAUAUUUUACAGAUUGUUAUUGAGGCACAAAGAGCGACAGGGUAGAGUUCUGGUACAUAGAGAGAAUGUAAUACUGGCAGGCACAUGGUGUAAAUCAGGGGUGCCCGAAAGGUAGAUCCCCAGAUGUUUUAAAACUACAGGAGUUGUUGUUCUACAGCAUCUGGGCUUCUACCUUUUGGGCAUCCCUGCUGUAAAUGUAUAUACUGUGAGCAGGGGUAAUAAUAGUACGUGGUGGAAGCGGAUGGGGUGUGUAAUCACAUUACGUGAAGGGAUAGUACACAGAGGGAGAGGAUGUAAGUCUGCUACACAUAGAGGGUUAUUUCUUAAUGUGAGAAUUCAAAGAGAAUUUCAAACUUAAGGUCAAAGUAGCCGAGCUGGAUAAAUUCUCUAAGUCAGUUAUUCUUUUAGUUAGACUACUCUGGCCUUAAAUCUUAAAUUCACUUUGAAUUCUCGCUUUAGUAGAUGACCUUGAUGGAGUGACAUGUUGUAAUAAUAGCACUCAGAGAGAAUGGUAUAUGCAGUAAGCAGGUAUAUUUUGAGUAUACAUUAGGUGAGUGCCACCUAUGGAAAUGACAUGUAAUUAUGGUAUAACAAGUUCCACCAACACAGAACGGGUUCAUAUGGACAUACAAACAUUGCCCUGUGUAUGUAACAGACAUAAACAGCUAGGUUUGCUAUAACACACAUACUCGCACUGCUCGCUGUGUAAUGAUUUGAGUUAAUUAGUAGUUAGAAAUCUCCAGUAAUAUGUCACAAGGUAUAGCCAAGCAGGGUAGCUGUAAAGAAUCAAACCAGUUCUUACACUAUAUCCCGUUGUAUUCGCUCAUUCUGACUGUAGGCUGGCUGAGAGUGGUGGCAGUUGCUGUUCAGUAAUCUCUGGCUAUCCCAGCCCUUUCUGUCAAACCGGAGUCUAGUUCUUCUUUUUCAGCUAUCCUCUCUUUUUUUAAAUGUAUUUUUUGACUGAGAGAUUGAGGCUUCCCCUCUCUGAGAGAGUAUUUGCAGUCAUGCAAGACGUGAAGAACCUGUUAAUCAAAUUAGUAGUGCUUUGGCAACCACAGAGAAAAGCCUUCCAGUGUUUUGGAUGCAGGAAAGUGGCACACAGCAUAACAUUAAUUACUAUUAUUGGAAAAGCAUUCUUUAUCAGCAGACUGUGAUGUGAACCCCACAAAACACUAAGGCUCAUAUACAGCAAAUAACAUCCAAUAGCACAGCCUUGACCUUGGAUACUGUAUAAUACACAACAAACGUUGUUUACCAUUAUUCUCACCAACAUUCCAUUGAGAAACGUCAGCUAUGGGCCACAUCGUUGCACAACUGAAAAUAAAUCUACAGACGCUAAAAGAGAGAGAGUGAGAUCGAAAAAAAAAUCCUAAACCAUCUGUAUUUACAUACUUCUGUUCAUUUUGUGCCAAAUUUAAUGAUGCAUUUCAAUUGUGUCAUUCCAGUGGACCAGUGAAAGCACUUUAUUAAACAUAAAAAAAUAUAGAGGGGGAGGGUGAGGGGUGUCCAUUUUGUGCGUACUAGGGUCAGAUAACAAUUUUGCACAGAACUGACAUUAGCUAAUGUGCAACUUUCUUCGGGAUUGGCUGAUGACGCUGCUGGAUGUGGAGUUACAUCUCUGACAGCUAAGGGGUUAAUCUCUGUGUGUGCAGGGUUUUAAUAAAAUGCUGCGCAUACAAACUCCAGGCACCAUCACCACUUCAAAUCAAUGAAGUGGUGGUUGUGGUGCUUGGAGUAAUCCUUUAAGGUUUGCGGUUAUUCUCCAUAUAAUAAAUUAUGGCACAUUAACACGACAAUUGCAAAUUUUAGGUCAAAAUAGAGGAAACAUUCUCCAACUUUAUUUUCCAACAUUUUUGGUCCUAAAUUUCUUAGUUUAACCCAAUAUAAAGAGAAUAUGGCCCCUCCAAGAUAAUGGUUGACUCUAAUAGCUGAAUAAACAUUAUUUAUUAGUUGCGCUUUUUCACAGCAAAUAAUUUUUUAUUUUUUACUUACAUGGAAUACGAGGCAUGAUUUGUGUAUGAACGAUGUGAAUUAUUAUUAUUAUUACUGGUAUAUAUUGGGUUUUGCUGAAUCAGUCACUCAGGAUUACAGCAGAUUACAGCUUUUACCUCCACUUUGCCCACAUGAAUGUUUCAGCAGAGAUUAAUGGGGUAAUGUUCAAUGGAACUGUUGAAAUUGUCUCUUUUUUUUUUUUUUGGCAAGAAGUGAAAGAAUCUCCCAUUGUCCAAAGUCCACCACCAAACAUUUAAUGUCAUUAUAUAAAAUCUAACCAAAUCUUUGUCUGUUUUUUUCAUGAUGUGACAACCCAUUUGUAGAUAGUGUUCCAUAACCACUGCAAUAAGGUGAGUUAGUUGUGGUGCCGUUUUUAAUUUUUACUCAAUUGAACCUUAUGUUUCUACGUGAACACCAAACCAUUAACUCAGCACCAUGGUACUUUUCUAAUAAAUCUCCUCAUAGCUCCCCUCUGUACAUAUCCAAUGCUCUCUCACUAGCAGGGUUAUUCACGUGACUGAGAAUUAAAGAUUAAUUCAAAGUGAAUUUAGAUUUUAAAGGGGCAGUAUCACUGUCUGGGGACUUUGCAGAAGUUGCAACGACCCAUGACAGUGACAUCGCUGCUGGGUGUCCGCUACCAUGGGGGGGGGAGGCUUUGCGGUCUAAUGAGUCUCAGUCAAUAUGAGUAUUUCAUAAAGAUUUGAUACUCUAAGAUUGUUAAACAUAUACUUAAAAAAACAAACAAACAUGUAUUCCUGACCCUAUUGUGUUAAAACCACCAUCUGCGCUCUUCUAUGCGUGCUAUGUGCGUUUGAGGAAGCUGUGUGUGAGGGUGCUGUGAGUGUCAACCUGCAGUGUGUGUGUGUUGUUGAGUGAUUAUAUCCCUCCCUUCUUACCUUUAUUCAUGCUUCCAUCCCUAGUGGUGCUAGUGGUGAGUGAACUCUAGCCUGUGGGGCUACAGUUCACUCUUGCGAGACCCGGAGCGUUGCCACGGCGGCCGCAACACACUACAUGCGUGCCGUGAGGGAGAUCUUUGAUCUCCCCACCGGCCCGUCAUGGAAUGCAGCAGGGCCGGCGCUCGAAUAGUGCUGGCCCUUCAUAGACCGACAGGGAAGAUCCUAAGAAGAUCCAAAAAUCCCCCCCCACCCCCAGCUGGCCUUGGCCCAUGGCCAAUGUGCCCGAUGACCAGUCUGGGCCUGCUCUGAGGAAAGUUCACUGCUUGCAGAGGGUGGAGACAUUCAUGGCAGUGCUGCACACUGUGCAGCACUGCACCAGGAAACACCUCUAGCAGCCAUCCGAGGAGUGGUAAGUGGUGUUAUCACUAGGCUGUAAUGUAAACACUGCAUUUUCUCUGUGUUUACUGCAAAAAACCUGAAGGGAAUGAUUCUACUCACCAGAACAAAUACAAUAAGCUGUAGUUGUUCUGUUGACUAUAGUGUCCCUUUAAAAUAAAAUUUGCAACAUGACUUCAUGGCUACCAAGAUGAGGCUUCAGAUGUUAGGUGCUUUUUUUGUUACCAUUUCCCUUUAACAGUUACCAAUUAUUCUUUAUUACCUGGUCUUCCUCAUCACAUUCUAUUUUUACCCCUUCUUUUUAAUGGCUGAGUUUAUAUUCUGAGUUAGUUCUGUGUUAUACUACGGUAGAAAGCACCCUCCUCCCCUUUCCUCUCCUCUCUCAUUCUACAAGAGGAUUUCCCUCCCCAGGUGACAUCAUCGGUUUGUGGUUUGCAAAGAAGAGAAACAGUUCUAAGAAUUUGGCCAUGACUGGGUGAUCACAGGGGUGGAAUGGAGGGAGAGAGGGGGGGAAGGGUGCAUCGAAACCGGCCGAAAAAUGGGAAGAUGAACAGUGAAAGGAUCAAAUACAAGAGAAACAAACAGAAUUGUUCAAAAUAUCUGCAACUCAGACAGAAGGGAAACCUUUCAGAAAUGGAGCAUUUUCUAGUGUGCAAGAAUGCAGAAAGAAUUACCAUGCAGUUUCCAGAUUAGACAGGCUUUCAGAGCCAUGCCUUGACAGACUAGAUGUAUAUCACAAUGGUUAGUACACAGACAAUUUAUAUAUUUUAAAGUUUCCGUAUCACCAUCUAGAUCGGUGAUGGCUAAUCUUUGUUUGGAAACUUAGCUUACAAUCAUGAUGAUUCCAAGUUUAAAUAAAAUACAUCAUUAUUUAAAUGCAUGUUAUCAGAAUAUACUGACAGACAAUUUGCAUUCUUCUGCACGAAGGCUGCGCAUGGGACUCUCUUUGACUUUCCAGCAUGACAAUGACCCUGAACACAAGGCCAAGUUGACCCUCCAGUGGUUACAGCAGAAAAUGGUGAACAUUCUGGAGUAGGCAUCACAGUCACCUUAACAUCAUCGGUCCACUCUGGGGAGAUCUCAAACGUGCAGUUCAUACAAGACGACCAAGACAUUGCAUGACCUGGAGACAUUUUGCCAAGAUGAAUGGGCAGCUAUACCACCUGCAAGAAUUAGGGGCCUCAUAGACAACUAUUACAAAAGACUGCACACUGUCAUUGAUGUUAACGGGGCAAUAUACAGUAUAGAGAACUAAGGGUAUGCAGACUUUUGAACUGGGGUCAUUUAAUUUUUUUCUUUGUUGCCAUGUUUUGUUUUAUGAUUGUGCCAUUCUGUUAUAACCUACAGUUGAAUAUGAAUCCUAUAAAAAAUAAAAGAAAUGUGGUUUGCAUGCACACUUAUGUUGCUUUAAAAAUGGUACAUAUAUUACCAAUUCUACAAGGGUAUGCAAACUUUUGAGCUCAACUGUAGAAGAAGAAAUGAAACAAUGUUUCUACUUCCCAUCAUUUGCAAUCUGUGCCUGGGCUGAACUGGAUUGUAAUGUAAUUUUCUAAGUCUUUAAUAUAAAUUUAAAAGAAAACAGCGCACAGUAUAAAAAAUAGGUGAUUAUGUACGCUUUAGGGUAUUUUCAGUGGUUUAUUUAACGUGUAGUUUACAGAAAAGUCAUGAUUCCCCUUGAGUCCUUUUUCAUCAAAGCAGGUGCACAGCUGAAACCAAACCAGACUGCAUUUGUAGACGCUCGGCGUUUGCAUUUGAUACCAAGAGUCAUAAAUACAACGAGUGUUAGCAUAGCCUUUGAUUAGUUAAGUUGUGUGUUAAAAUGUGUUUUUUGCAAAACUUUUUAUUUUAAAUAAUAAUGAAAACUGACAAACAAAUUUCCUUUAACCAUUACUGAGUGCACUCCGUGAGCAGGGCCUUCUUCCCCAAUGUCAACAUCAUUUUUGUCUGUCUAUUGCUUGUGAUUAAUUAAACCCACUGUAUAAUUGCACUACUGAAAUUGUUUAUACUAUAUAGAUCAGGGGUGCCCAAAUGGUGGAUGCCCAGAUGCUGCAGAACUGCAAGUCCCAUGAUGCAUUGCAUGCCUCUAGAAUUUCUUUAGAACGACAAAGCUUCAUGGAAGCUGUAUUCCUUAAACAUUGAGGGCUCUACCUUUAUUGGCACCCCUGAUAUAGAUGAUAAUGUAGAUUCUGCAUGUAUAGGCAUAGAACCUGGGGGAUUGUUACAGAGCAUUGUAGUAAACUGCGGCAGGGUUGGUCCAAGCACCGUGACCACUUCACUGCUUUGAAAUGUUCAUGUAGCCUUGAGUCUGUGUGUGCAGUGUUUCACUUUGAAAUACAGCAUAUACAGAGAUUAAAGCGGCACUGUCAUGCCGAACUUACCUUUCCUCAAUCUCCCCCUCUCUCGGGAUCUGUUAUUCUUUUCUUCCUGUCUUCUUUAGUUUUCUUUAAAAUCAUAAGACAGGGACUCUUUGCCUUAUGGAGGUUUCCUCCACUUGACCAGCUUUGACCAGCGGAGGAGCAAAGUGUGCUUCAUUUCCGCUGGUCAGAGCAAUUUUCCCAUAAUUCUUACCUUUCCUCUGUGAUCUCGCGAUGCUUCCUGUCAUUUUAAACGUAACUGACGAAUUGCGUUCUAACUGAAUGAGAACAGUAUGUUCGUUUGUUUUAGAACUCAAUUCGGCACUUUGUUCGUAUCGGAAUUUCAUUCAAAUGAAUGAAACUUCGAUUCAAUUUGUGCCGAGGCUGCAUCUUGCAGCCGCUUAGUAGAUAACUCCCAAAUUCACGAGUAGGGGCAUGUUAAUUAGGGAGUUAGUAGAUAACUCCCUAGUUCGCAAGUAGGGGCAUGUCAAGUAAACAGUGAGCAGCCUGUGGCUGCUCACUGUUAAAAACAAAAAACAAAAACACAAUUGUCCCCCCAGUUCCCACCUGUGCCGAGUCCUCCCCCCCUUGGCCCCCACCCCUGAGCGAUGGUGGGGGCCCUUAGCAAUAAGGCGGGGAGACCUAUUGCCUCCCCUCUAUGCUCCCACCCCUGAGCGGCGGGUUAGGGGACCCUUAACAACAAGAGGGGGGAGACCUAUUGCUUGCCUCCCUCCCUGUCCCCCACCCCUGAGCGGCAGGUGGGGGCCUUUAAAAACAAUAAGAGUGGGGAACCUAUUGUCCCCCCCCCCGGCCCACACCCCUGAGCGGCAGGUGGAGGCUAUUAACAACAAUAAGAGUGGGGGGAACCUAUUGUUCCCCCCCCCGAGCGGCUGGUGGGGGCCAAGUUUAAAAUCCCCCCCCCCUUUCAGUGACUAGGGGUCCCUGAGCCCCUAGUCACCCCCAUUCCCCAAUAAAAUAAAUCCCUACCUACUCCCCUCAUCCUAAUAAUAGUGAGGGGGAGGGACAAUGAAGCUAAAUACCUGUAAAGAAAAAAAAAAUAAACUUACCAUUAGAUGUCUUCUUUUUUCUAAUAUCUUCUUUCUUCAGCCCCAAAAAAGGCCAAAUAAAAAGCCAUAAACCCCCCAAACUCCCAAAAAAAAAAAAAAAUGACUGCAAAAACAAAUAAUCCAUCUUCACCCUUCGAAGGCACGCCACAUACUGAGCUCCGCAGGGCGGGUCAAGGCUUAUAAAGCCUUACCAAGCCCUGCAAUUUGGCUCAGAGCACAAUGAUUGGUUGGUUUAAGCCAACCAAUCACAGUGUUCUGAGUCAUUUUACACAGUGUGGGAAAAUUCCAAAGAACUUUCCCACACUGUAUAAAAUAACUAACACUCUGGUUGGUUUAAGCCAACCAAUCAGAGUGCUCUGAGUCAUUUUACACAGUGUGGGAAAAUUCCAAAGAACUUUCCCACACUGUAUAAAAUAACUAACACUCUGAUUGGUUGGUUUAAACCAACCAAUCAGAGUGCUCUGUGUCAUUUUACACAGCUCUGGAAAGUUCUUUGGAAUUUUCCCACGCUGUGUAAAAUGACACAGAGCACUCUGAUUGGAUGGCUUGAAAUACAUCCAAUCACAGUGCUCUGUGUCAUUUUACACAAUGUGGGAAUGUGCUUUGGAAUUUUCCCACGCUGUGUAAAAUGACAAAGAGCACUCUGAUUGGCUUAAGCCCCCUAUGAAACAAAUAUUCUGAUUAAACAGUUUCCUAUGUUGAUCAUUUCACUUUUAGAACAUGGCUCCACUGGUUUCUACCCUUUUGUAAAUUUCACCUUUAAUGCAUACUCGUGACUCACAGCAAUAUGAUUUGUGAGUGUACACACCUAAUUUACCUAAAACAUAACUGCAAAGGUUUAAUAGUUAUUAUUCUUCGUGUAUAAUAAAUAGACAUUGGUCGUUUUACCAUUUCUGUGCUUUAUAGAUGGCGGACAUGUUGACGCUGCUUGUGUAAUUGUACGGGUGUUAGAAAUGUUUCUGUUUUUGCUAAUUCAGUAAGAAUAUGUUAUAAGGUGGUCAGCUAUGUUUAUUCCAUAUUGAGAAUGUAAUGUAUUUAAAUCUAUUUCACUAGCGUGUCUUCUUCACUUUGAUGGAUAGAUACUCUAAAUGUCAAACUCGAACCGCCUCCCAAUUCUGUGAUUGUCAUAUGCGUGACAAAAUGUUAGAUUGUAAAAGCCACAUUGCUACCAAAACAACAACAACAAAAAAAACAUAAGGCCCCUUGCAGCCCUGUUGUCUGUAUAUAACUGGAAUAUACAGCUCUCUUAGUCUGGUAGCCUGUAUUUGAAUAUAUAGAUUUCAACCUUUGUAUAUGAAUGUAUACAUUACACAGAUUCAGCCAUGUGGCCUGUAUAUUAUUAUUAUAAUUAUUUUUAAAUCGCCAACAAAAUCCUGUCACUCUGUACAAUAGGUGGACUAACAGACAAGAACUUGUAAGCAGACAAAGUGGACGCACAACAGAGGGGAUGAGGGCCCUGCUCAAAUGAGCUUACAUGCUAGAGGGAGUGGGAUAUAGUGACACAAAAAGUAAGGUUAGGGUAGGUAAGUAGGUUGUUAGAAAACAUUUCAAUGAGGGCUUAGUGUUUUUUUUUUUUUUUUUUAAAUCUAUUAAUUAUACAGCUUUAGGAACUCUGUGUGUGGCCUGUAUAUGAAUGUAUAGGUUAUACAGCUCACUUGGCUCUGUGGCCUGUGUUUCAAUGUAUAACUAAUACAUCUCUCUCAGCUGUUGCAUAUAUUUCGGUGUAUAUAUUACACAGCUCUCAGCCUGUGGUGUGCCGCACUGCUUUGAGCUAUUUCCUUAAUGUAACUCAUUUUGGCCUCAGAUCUAUUAGUCUGUGCAAAAGAUUACAUUAUGUUCUGUCUAUACCUGCAGAGCUACCCCAGUCUAACUGGGGUUGCAGAACAUUUCCUGUGUGUGUGUGCACAAACGUUCUGCAACUUAGGCUUGUUGUUUCCUAUUUUAAAAAGAAUUGUGUUUCUGUGCGUCUGCAGAUCGUUGUAUGUGUGAAAUUCCAUAGAGACAUCUUAUGUGAGCUGAACAAGGAGUGUUGGCCUGUUGUGACAGCAUGACUGAGCAGGACAGCUGAGAGUUAAACAGCAAGCUGUACUAUAAAGGGAACUCCCUGUGUAUCCGGGGAAGCCUCCCCCACCCCCUCCUUCUCUACUUGUCUUGUAUCACAGAGCACAGACCUUAUAUAACAGACACAAUGUUACAUUCUAUGCCAGGGGAACACGUAGGGCUCCCUUUUUACAAAGGAAAUGCAAACAAAUGAUGCUUGAUACGUGUGCUGUAUGAAAGCCGCAUUGUUUGUGUGUAUCUGUGUAUGCAAUCAAUGUCCCUAUGUGCUAUGUUGUGUUUAAAUUUUAUUUUUAACACUUUCAUUGCCAUAGAAUGCUUAAUGUUUUGGCAAUACGUCUGCCUAACAUAAUGAAUACACCCUGUAUCACUGGAUAAAUGUGCAAUAAACCCCCGUAUUAGGGGGUACCGGUAAGCCUCCUCUGGCCGCAUCUCCCAUUAUAUAAAGAUAUCCUAAAUUCUGGAAGAUAUGAGUUGCAAUUCUCCAAAAUAGCUAUAGCUACAGGCUGCCACCCGCUUCCAUCCAGGGCCUUGACCCACCGAAAGUAGCCUAAAUCUAAAGGCCACCAUCCAUGCUUGGUCACAAGUCUGGCUUUUUUUCCAUGAGGUGUUUUUCUGUUAUUGUUUUUUAAAAAGCGCCAACAAAUGCUGCAGCGCUGUACAAUAGGUGGACUAACAAACAAAUAGUUGAAACAAGGCAUGUUACAUGUACAUAAACAGAAGGUGCUGAGGGCCCUGCUCAAACAAGCUUACAUUCUAAGAGUAGUGGGAUAAAAUUAAAUAAAAGGUGGGGGUACAAUGUAUGUCGUUGCCUGAAUAAAGAGCUUACAUUAAGGGCUUAGUUUUUUUAGAUAAUGCAGUUGCAGCAUAGAAGGUGGGUUAGUGAGGUGUGGGGUGGGAAAGCUGUUAAGAGUUUAAUUAAUAUGCCUGCUUGAAGAAGUGCGUUUUUAAUGAUGUUUUUGCGUUCUACUAUUCGAAUGUGUUCACAGUACUGUGUGCAUUGUGUUCCAUUGUGUGUGUCUGUGGCCAGGAGGGGAAGUCACUGCUGAACAAACAGACCCCGAGGAGACAGCACGGAAACUAUUUUAAUAAUGUAAACACAGAGAAAGGAGGGAGAUCCCUGCCUCCGGGCAGAGAGGGAGGAGGUGUAAAACCCGCAGAUGACAGGAGAGAGAUUCCUGUAUGAGGAGGAGAGAGAUUUUUGAGCCUGAUAUAGAGGUUAAAAGAAAGAGAGAGAUUCUUGCUUGAAGUCAAGACAUGAAAAUACAUGGAAAGAAGGCAAGGCCGCUCACCGCUGAGGGAUUAAGUGAUAGAACAAGAUUAGUAUCUGUAAAGCCCCAACAUAGUCCAUGGUGCAGUACAGUGUGUAACCGUUCUUGCAUGUCCGUCCUGUUUUCCCAAAAUUACACUCAUGUUUCAGAUAUAUGUUUUUAUUGUGCCAGAAGAUUCCAUAACCCCGUCUGAAAAUGUGAAGGGUGCCUAUUGGCCUAGUUAGUCAUUCUGCGUUUAUUCGUACAGCUUUGUGUAAUGCUAAAUCUUAACUGCUUUGAGUCAUUUCGACUUGCAGAUGAGACUGGUUUCAGUCAGAUACCCUCUAAAUUAAAUGUCCAUCAACAUUAGCAGUCAGGAAGUACGGGGCUACUCUGUGUGACUUCUCUCAGUAAAGGAAUUAUUAUAGUGACGAGAGAAUGAAAAACAUGGCAACUACAAUACUAACCUGACAGACGCUACUACGUUAUAAUUACAUUUCUAGAAGGGGAUAUGAAAAAAGUAUAAAAGUGCUUUGUUGACUUAUUAAUUGUAGGUAUUUUUUCACUAAAAACCAAAGUGCAGUGAAUUUAAAACAGAAGUUUAGGCUAAAAUAAGCAAGCUGGGACUUAGCUGAGGAGGGUAGUGUUUUCAAAUCAGCUAUUCCCCAUUGUACAGCCCUACGGAAUAUGCUGGCGCUAUAUAAAUAAUAAUAAUAAUAAUACAUUUAGCAUUUUGGUUUCAGGUUUAAUAGUUUGGUGUUUAGUAAAUGACCCCUCCCGCCCUGCUCUUUACAUAUCAUAUCAUAUAACUUUACAGUGGCUUUGCGUUCAGCCAAAUGGAUGAAUUCCUGGGCGUUAUCUUAAUAUGUUUGGCUAAGUUUAUGUUGCCAAAUUAACCCUUUUAUGACUUGGAAUAAUGUCUACAGUGGUACAUUGCAAAUCUCUUCACCGCCAGCAGUUCAAGAUUUAGGAAAGAAGAUUGGUAUAAAAUUAGAAAUUAUCUUUUCAGGAUCACCCAUAUGUACCUAAAUCCAAUGUUACAAAGACAUCUCCAUUUUGGGUUUUUGUCCUUGUAGUCGUUAAGUUGAAACAGCAUUUGUUUACUUUUCAGAAGCGUUUCAUGGAGGGGGGGUUCCAUCGGAAACUUCAUGGUUCUAUAUAAACUCUUGUGGCGUGCAACAAACCCUGAUAUUAGAUCAGCAAAAAUGAAUGCUAGAUUAUAAGGACAUGCUGUGAUUGUUAGAUAAUGCUGAGGGGAAAAUAAGACAAAUUCUUUGCAAUGCAAAAGCAAUAUUCUCUUUGUCAGAGUACUCUAGUUUCAUCAUAAAGUUCCUUUUACUUCCAGAAAAAAAAAGUUAUUUUUUUUUAUAAUGAAGUUGUGUUUAUACAGAGACGGUGAUUUAGAAAAUAAUGAUCUGUAUCAGCCAAGAUCUGCUCAGAGAACUUUGUGAACAUUUCACUCACAAUUUUUGUUGUUUCCAACAAAAUACACAGUUUAGCCUGGGAGAGAUGUUUUACGAGACGUGGUUUUAUGCAGUAUGAGAAAUCCUUCUGACGCAGUUUGAAUCGCGCAACAACCAUUGGCAGCAAAAAACAUAGAGUUAUGAGUCUGAAAGCUUAGUUAAGAGAGGACUCAUUUCCAGUGUUGUCAUAAAAUGUUACCGAAAAGCUAAAUGGGUGUUGCUGACGUCAGCCAUUAGCAGCUGUUUCCAUACUGCAAAAUGUUACCAAUUGUGAUUCGUGAUUCCCAGCCGACGAGUUUUCAUAAACCAAAACGGUGAUUGCACUCACGCCACAGCAUUAAAUAAAGGUACUUGGUGCUUCCAAAUCCAGAGGUGGUGAACCCCCACCAAUUAUCUAAAGAAUGUAAAGAGGGUGCAGGCACAUAAAAUAUCUUAAAGUGCAGACUUUAACAGAAGCAAUCCGCCUGAUAACGUUUCUGCCUCCAACAGUGGCCUUCGUCACUUUGUCUAGUUUCCCAUAGAGAAUAAUAGGAGACAUUAAAUGAAGCUUUCUAUGCUAGACUUACUAUAUCACUGAAAAUAGAUUGUAAGCUUGUGGGCUACCUAACUAAUCCCAUGAGCUUACAAUCAAUUAACUAUGUAUAAAAGAGCUUCAAUGGUUAGAUCUCAGCUUAUUAGCAGGGCCCUCUUUAGCCUUCGUAUUUUUCUGUGUAUAUUGUAUGUUGUCCCCUAAUUGUACAGCGCUGCAGAAUAUGUUGGCACUUUAUAGAUGCCAGUAAUAAAUAAAUAAAAAUAAAACCUGCCUCAGCUAGGUAUAAAGACAAAACAGCACAUUAAAAACUGCAAGCUUUCAAUACAUCCUGUAGGAAAAAUACAUGUUCACACCAUCUAUAAAAGUGUAUGUGAAUACAAAGGACUGAUGUCAUAUAAGAUAUGUAUCAGGUUCUGUAACUGUUCUGUGACAACCGUGCUCAGACUAUGGCAGGUAGAGUGCACAUACACAGCAUGAGCCGUUUAAAUCCUUAAAUUGUGGUUGCUAUGGUAGUGACUUAGAAAUCACACCUUUACUGCUUUACAUUCGCUAAUAGGUGAACGCUGAGACACGCAUGCUAUCUGCAGGGUGGAUAUUUGUAGUGGUAGGCUGAAAAACACACACCUGAAGUUUGACAACCUAGUUCGUAUUUUUGGGUGCAAAUAGCUAGUAAGAGCGUCUUUACCUAAUAACUGCUAUAUUUCACAUACAGGCUUUCCUAAUAACUGCUUUAUUUAACAUAUAGGCUUUCCUAAUAACUGCUUUAUUUAACAUAUAGACUCUCCUAAUAACUGAUUUAUUUAACAUAUAGGCUCUCUUAAUAACUGCUUUAUUUAACAUAUAGACUCUCCUAAUAACUGCUUUAUUUAACAUAUAGGCUUUCCUAAUAACUGCUUUAUUUAACAUAUAGGCUCUCCUAAUAACUGCUUUAUUUAACAUAUAGACUCUCCUAAUAACUGCUUUAUUUAACAUAUAGGCUCUCCUAAUAACUGCUUUAUUUAACAUAUAGGCUUUCCUAAUAACUGCUUUAUUUAACAUAUAGGCUCUCCUAAUAACUGCUUUAUUUAACAUAUAGUCUCUCCUAAUAACUGCUUUAUUUAACAUAUAGGCUCUCCUAAUAACUGCUUUAUUUAACAUAUAGGCUUUCCUAACAACUGCUUUAUUUAACAUAUAGGCUCUCCUAAUAACUGCUUUAUUUAACAUACAGGCUCUCCUAAUAAUUGCUUUAUUUAACAUAUAGGCUUUCCUAACAACUGCUUUAUUUAACAUAUAGGCUCUCCUAAUAACUGCUUUAUUUAACAUAUAGUCUCUCCUAAUAAUUGCUUUAUUUAACAUAUAGGCUUUCCUAAUAAUUGCUUUAUUUAACAUAUAGGCUUUCCUAAUAAUUGCUUUAUUUAACAUAUAGGCUUUCCUAAUAAUUGCUUUAUUUAACAUAUAGGCUUUCCUAAUAACUGCUUUAUUUAACAUAUAGGCUCUCCUAAUAACUGCUUUAUUUAACAUAUAUACUCUCCCAAUAACUGCUUUAUUUAACAUAUAGACUCUCCUAAUAACUGCUUUAUUUAACAUAUAGACUCUCCCAAUAACUGCUUUAUUUAACAUAUAGGCUUUCCUAAUAAUUGCUUUAUUUAACAUAUAGGCUCUCCUAAUAACUGCUUUAUUUAACAUAUAGGCUUUCCUAAUAAUUGCUUUAUUUAACAUAUAGGCUUUGCUAAUAAUUGCUUUAUUUAACAUAUAGGCUCUCCCAAUAACUGCUUUAUUUAACAUAUAGGCUCUCCUAAUAACUGCUUUAUUUAACAUAUAGACUCUCCCAAUAACUGCUUUAUUUAACAUAUAGGCUCUCCUAAUAACUGCUUUAUUUAACAUAUAGGCUCUCCCAAUAACUGCUUUAUUUAACAUAUAGGCUCUCCUAAUAACUGCUUUAUUUAACAUAUAGACUCUCCCAAUAACUGCUUUAUUUAACAUAUAGGCUCUCCCAAUAACUGCUUUAUUUAACAUAUAGGCUCUCCUAAUAACUGCUUUAUUUAACAUAUAGGCUUUCCUAAUAACUGCUUUAUUUAACAUAUAGGCUCUCCUAAUAACUGCUUUAUUUAACAUAUAGGCUCUCCUCAUAAUUGCUUUAUUUAACAUAUAGGCUUUCCUAAUAAUUGCUUUAUUUAACAUACAGGCUCUCCUAAUAACUGCUUUAUUUAACAUAUAGGCUUUCCUAAUAACUGCUUUAUUUAACAUAUAGGCUUUCCUAAUAACUGCUUUAUUUAACAUAUAGGCUUUCCUAAUAAUUGCUUUAUUUAACAUACAGGCUCUCCUAAUAACUGCUUUAUUUAACAUACAGGCUCUCCUAAUAACUGCUUUAUUUAACAUAUAGGCUCUCCUAAUAACUGCUUUAUUUAACAUAUAGGCUCUCCUAAUAACUGCUUUAUUCACCAUAUAGGCUCUCCUAAUAACUGCUUUAUUUAACAUAUAGACUCUCCUAAUAACUGCUUUAUUUAACAUACAGGCUCUCCUAAUAACUGCUUUAUUUAACAUACAGGCUCUCCUAAUAACUGCUUUAUUUAACAUAUAGGCUUUCCUAACAACUGCUUUAUUUAACAUACAGGCUCUCCUAAUAACUGCUUUAUUUAACAUAUAGGCUCUCCUAAUAACUGAUUUAUUUAACAUAUAGGCUUUCCUCAUAAUUGCUUUAUUUAACAUAUAGGUUUUCCUAACAACUGCUUUAUUUAACAUACAGGCUCUCCUAAUAACUGCUUUAUUUAACAUAUAGGCUCUCCUAAUAACUGAUUUAUUUAACAUAUAGACUCUCCUAAUAACUGCUUUAUUUAACAUAUAGACUCUCAUAAUAAUUCCUUUAUUUAACAUAUAGGCUCUCCUAAUAACUGAUUUAUUUAACAUAUAGACUCUCCUAAUAACUGCUUUAUUUAACAUAUAGACUCUCAUAAUAACUGCUUUAUUUAACAUACAGGCUCUCCUAAUAACUGCUUUAUUUAACAUAUAGACUCUCAUAAUAAUUCCUUUAUUUAACAUAUAGGCUCUCCUAAUAACUGAUUUAUUUAACAUAUAGACUCUCCUAAUAACUGCUUUAUUUAACAUAUAGACUCUCAUAAUAAUUCCUUUAUUUAACAUACAGGCUCUCCUAAUAACUGCUUUAUUUAACAUAUAGACUCUCAUAAUAAUUCCUUUAUUUAACAUACAGGCUCUCCUAAUAACUGCUUUAUUUAACAUAUAGACUCUCAUAAUAAUUCCUUUAUUUAACAUAUAGGCCAUUUGUGAUCAUCAUCGUGUGUGUUCAGUACUAGAAAUAUGUUAACUGACUGUCCUUUAAUCUCUAAUGCCAGACAGCUCUCAGAUUUAUCUCUUAAUAAAAUGUGCUAUUUACUACGGUACUCGCACUGUGAUGGUAACAGCCGUGCCAGCCUCACCCUCAUACAGUCUCUCCUUUUGUGUUUUCAUCUUAACUUUGGUAACUCUUUGGUAUCUUGUUUUUUUGUCGCUUUCCCUCCUGCCAUACUUUCCCAUUCAAAUUCCAUUACCUUAAUUAAUGCUAGCAGCCAAUGGGUUGGAAAAUCAUUUCCAGAUGAAAGAAUUAGACCAGCUUUUACCUGGCACAGCUUUUUCCAUGCUAAAAACAAUAUAAUGUGAUCUGACUAUAGUUUCUGCAAGCAGACACAGGAAGGUAAUUUUAGAACCUUUUGGAGAGAUGUAACAGUUUGUUGUGGAUUUAAGAUUAUGUAUCUGUCAUUCUUAGCUCGCCAUAAAUGAACAGUCCUCAAUUAAAUUAAGCAAUUUUUUUCAAAACAUUUUAAUACUAUAUGUAAUUAAAAUAUAUAUAUAUAGAAUUUAAAAUUGUGAUGAUCAUUUAAGCAGUUAAUGUGUUUUCCUAAUAAUAAUAGACCUUUUCAUAAACCUGACAAUUAGGUGCUUGUUUUGUAGACUAAAUCAUGGAAGACCUUCUUCACAAUGGUGCAUUGGUCCCUUCGACGGCAGAAUUCAUGGGUGCAGCUGGCUGGGCACGAAGGUAGGAUUGGAAAAAGAAAAUGUGUUCCUUAUUUUGAUAGGUUUUACAGAAAGAAAUGUAUGAUUUUCAUACAACCGGUGUUACAUACAGGCAUGGAAUAAAAUAUUAAUACACCUCGAUCCUAGUUUCUAAAGUUCAACGAUGCAUAAGAGGAAAAUGCAUAAAUCCCUCUUGGUAUGAAAAUGACUACAAGAUUUUUAAAAUAUGUACAUCUCCUGUACAUGUUGUGAUCUGUAGUAGUGAAGUUCGUGAUGGACCCAGCUUAAUGUAGUUGUUCUGGUGUUUAUACCAUGUCCCUGAAGGCUUUUUAAUGUAAACUCUGCCUUUUAAUUGUGAUUGGCUGAGAUCAUCAAUUCUGAUAAUGGCAGCCAAGGAGGCUGUUCGAGGGCAGGGCCAGCACUCGCAGAUUUAAACUGCUCUGGAAAUAAGGUGAGUUUUUUGGUAUUUAAGUGGGACAUGGGGGGGCCAGGGGGCUUGUGUGUUUUUUUUUUUUUUACAAUAUAGGCUUAGGAAUAUACCUUUGUGUUCCUGACCCUAUAGUGUUUCUUUAUUGCUGAGGGGUUGAUUUGGUGACUGGAUAUUAAAUGUGUUUCCAGAAUGUUUGUCUGAGCUAGGCUGCAUAAAGUUUGGUAAUUUUCUUGUAAUGUUGACUGUACAUCACCUUGCAUUCAUUCACCUUUGGGUUUGAUGAUGCAAUGUUUAGAACUACUGAAAUGUAUUGUCUUUUUAAGUAUCUGUUAUUCUAUCUUAUGUAUACGAAGGAGUGGAACAUAGACUUAAUGUUACUCUUAUAUCUUCAGACAGAUGUCUUUCGUAAGUACUUAUACUCAUUUUUUGGUUCAUUGGUAUUCUGCUCUCUAGACCAUUCCUUUGGCUAUCUGGGGGACAUGGGCUGCUAUUGAUCUUAUCGAUAAUAUUUAUUAGUGUAGAAUGUCUCCAGGGUGCCUGUGAAAUUGUUGGCACUGAUGGUGAGCAGGUACACCUAAAUGGUUUCUCGGUUAUUUUCUUGCCCAUCACGAUGUUUCUGCUGGUGGUGGUGAUCAUGAAGGUGGUAGGAAAUGGUUAUUGUUACUGGGGUAUGUGUGUGGUUGGAGAGGUACUGAAAAGUGUUGUAGGUUGGACUAAUGCCAGAAAUGGUAAUCUGCAGAAACCUCAUCUGCUAGUUUUGUUGUCCAAUAGAAGAUAUUCACACCUAUUAAUAGGUAAGCAACUGGUUUAGGUAUUGUAAACAUAUCCAGCUUAAACAAAAAAGAUGCAUUUUGCUUAUGAAUUAGAUUAUGAUCAUAUCUUUAGUUUUGUGUAACAAAUAAUUCAUUGUGCUGAACUGUAAUAGGAUGUUGCCUGAUGGAGCUCUUAUAAUGUAAUACCGAAUGGGUCACAUGCUCAUGGCAAUAUGGAUCAUAGCUAGAAAUACUUAAAAAUAUGGUAGACCUAGCAACACAAUUUUCUCAUGAACCUGUUAAUGAAUGUUUGCUAAACCAAAUUAUUAUUAUUAUAUUUGCCCUCUUUGUCAGGUAACUUCAAGGCAAGUGAGCGAGGCCACAUCUUGAAAAAGUUCAGUCCUGUGGAAAACGCGUGUCUGGAAGCACUAAUGCAGGAUGCCCUCAAGCCAUAUGUACCCACCUAUCAUGGCCAGGUGGAGAGAGAGGGUCAAAAGUAUAUCAAGAUGGAGGACCUCCUGAAAGGACUGGAAGGGCCUAGCAUUAUGGACUGCAAAAUGGGUAUAAGGUGAGGACUAUUCUGCAGUUAUUCUUAAAGGAGCUCUAUAGUGACAUAUAUUCCUGUCACUAUAGCUGUGGGAAAAAAUUUUUUAGCUUCCCGCCCCCCCGUCAGCAAAGUAAAAGGUGAUUUACUCACCUUUAUUCUAGUUCCAUGCGGGUCUCCUUGUGGCUGGCCCCGUCCCAGCUCUGCCUCCUUGGCUGAUAUCAUCAAAGCAGUGGGAGGCAAACCGUCACGCUGUACCAAUCAGCAUCUCCUCAUAGAGUUGCAUUAAAUCAAUGCACAUUGUGCAGAACUGACCCAGAAAACACAUCUAGUGGCCGUCUGAUUGAAUGCACCUAGAGGAGUUCCUAGGCAGUAAUGUAAACACUGCCUUUUCUCUUAAAAGGCAGUGUUUACAUGAAAAGGCCUGCAGGGACAUACUAUAUACACCAGAACAACUACAUUAAGCUGUAGUUGUUCUGGUGACUAUAGUGUCCCAUUAAGCCAUUUUGUCUGUGCCUGAAAUAUUUAUGAAUAUCCUUUGAAUCGGUUAUUUUUCCAGGCAAUAUAUGCCAUUAAUAACUCUUCAAUUUCCUACAGUUAGGACAACAGGAAAGAGUGAUCAGAAACCCACAGCCACACAAUCCCAUUUAAUAUUGAGAUUUAUGUCUGUUCUGUAGGACAUACCUUGAGGAGGAACUUGAGAAGGCCCUACUGAAACCUACCCCACGCAAAGACAUGUAUAACAAGAUGGUGAGUAUUGAUCCGUCUGCCCCCACAAGUGAGGAGAACGAUCUGAGAGCCAUCACCAAGCCUCGCUACAUGCAGUGGAGGGAGACUGUAAGCUCCACAGCAGAGUUAGGUUUCCGUAUCGAAGGUGUCACGGUGAGUGUUAUCAUUUUUCAUUACAUAUUUAUUAUACAUAAUGGCCAGUAUAAACAAAUGUCCAGUUUGUAGCCUUAUUGUUUGAAAUUACUAUUUGAUAUACAUGUUUUCAUUAGUUUGAUGGGGUCCUAUGGAUCUUCUCCUACAUGGUGGGAUGGGACAAAAAAGUGACAAAUUUAUCUAUUAAGAGCCUAAUGAUUAACUCUAUUAUUGUUCAUCACGUAUGACUUUUUCAUUAUGUCUUAUGACUUGCAUAAAACUCUCAUUCUGUGUUCAUACUUUCCAUCAAUGCGAAAUGUCUGAAACACCCAGAUGGUGAUUUACCGCUCCCCCACCCCCAGGCUUGUCUCCUGGGUAUUCUUAAUGUUGUGAGUUUAAGGGUGUGGUGAUGAAUGAUGUGCUUACACUUUGCUGUGCCUAACAGAUUGAGGGAGGACCCGUUAAGAAAGACUUCAAGCAAAUGAAAAGCCGAGAAAAUAUCAUGGAGACAUUCAUCAUAUUUACCAAGGGACAGGAGAAUAUUUUGGUAAGGCACUCGAUUUCACAGAUAACCUCUGUCACUUGACAGUGCACACCCUGCGUUAUAAACCUGUUGUCCUGCAGGCCUCGCACAAACACAAACCAGGUCAUUCAGUAGAGUGUGAUUUGUCUGAAUUUCAAAUGCUAGGCAAAAAUAAAUAAAGUGGAAAAAAUCCUUAAUGUUUACCGUGCAUCUAUUCCGGUCUAGAAAUUAAAAUUCAAUUUGCAUUCACAAUUCACUUUUUUUUGUUUGAAUAACGCUUGGUAAAUCUCUUAACAGUUUGUUUUAAAAUCCCGCUAGCAAAUGUUAGAUUUAUUUUAUUUUUCAUAUUUUGAUAUCUUUAACAUGGUGCCCUAGAAUACCCCAUCAUAGAAGUCUUAUCACUAUACUUCAAUCAUGAUCUGUACCACUACAACUCCAUAUGGCCAUGAACCUGUUCUGAUAGAGACGCUUCCACCACCACACACCUUCCAUCUAUCAUAAAAUACUCAGCUAUUCUCAUUAACAUUCCCAUAAUAACAUCGCAGUCCAAUCAAAAUGCUUAAACUCUGCCCUGUAGUAAAAAAAAUUCUGCGAUCUGACACUCCUUUGCCUUUACACCUGCACAGAUUUAUAGCACAGAUAGUUUAAAGUCAGCAAAUCAUUCAGUGGAUUCCUCAAGCUUAUGCAGAGGUGUAUACUAUUUGGGGAAUGCACUUAGAUACAUCAUAACAUUUCAUUUCUUUGUGAAGGAAUGUAAUAUGAGAUGAACAAAGGAUGUGAUUUACUCCACUAAUUAAAGGGACACUAUAGUCACCCAGACCACUUCAGCUCAAUGAAGUGGUCUGGGUGCCAGGUCCCCCAGGUUUUAACCCUUCAGAUGUAAACAUAGCAGUUUCAGAGAAACUGCUAUGUUUACAUUGCAGGGUUAAUCCAGCCGCUAGAGGCGCUUUUCAAAUUCCAUGUUCAGAACGUCCAUAGGAAAGCAUUGAGAAAUGAGGUCACCAGCGCCGAGGUGGCCCGGCACUGGAUUAAGGUAAGUAACGGAAGGGAGGGGGGCCCUGACGGUGGGGGGGGGACCUAAGGGUUGUAUAGUGUCAGAAAAAUUAGUUUUUUUUCCUGACACUGUAGUGAUCCUUUAAACACUUUUAACUAUUAAGUUGCCAGGCAAAUGUGAUUAUGCACAGAACUAAUUGGUUCCAGAGUAAGGUGGGAUAAAAUAAAAAUCCAACUUACUGUUAAAUAAAUAGAUCCAAAUUUGUUACUGAAAUGCAUUAAUACGUACCUCCAGAUAUAUUUCAAAUCGGGACAAAGAGUGACACUUUUUAUGAGUGACUAGGGAAGGGGCUGCUCUGAGAAAUGACUUACUAAAAACAAUUUAUGGAACUAAAAUGGAAUUUAUAACAAGAACACUAUCUUAUUUACACAGACUGAUUUCUAAACACAUUUAUUGUAGUUUACAGACACAUUAGUGGGAGUAUUAUUGCUGUGAAGCUCUGUUACACUUUUACACAGGGUUAGUCACUAAAGUGAUUCAGUGUGAAUUCAAAGUGAAUUUCAAGUUUAAGGUGAAAAUAGUUUAAAAAAAAGGAAAAAUUGAAAGUUGAAAAAAAAGUCAACGAUGCUUUCAGUUCAGCAUCUCUGACUGUAAAUUUCAAAUUAACUUUGAAUUCCCAGCAGUUUUCUCUAUAGCGAACAACUCUUGCAGGGUUAUUUACUAACGUGAGAAUUCAAAGCGAAUUUCAAAAUUUAGGCUAAAAUAGUAGAAUUAGAAAUAUUAUCAAAUUCAAUUCUGUUUUUAAGUUGAGCUAUUUUGGCAUUAAAUUAGAAUUUCACUUUGAAUUCCUGGCAAUUCUUACUAAAUAAAUAAUCAUGUCUGACAUAGCAACAAUAUAGAGCUCCUAGAAAAGAGUAUGAAAAUGAGGGACAUAGGAAUAUAGGCCCAAUACAGGGACUGUGUCUUCUAAAUAGGGCCAUUUGGCAGGUAUCUUAAAGGACCACUAUAGUGCCAGGAAAACAAACUCGUUUUCCUGGCACUAUAGGGUCUUUAGAUCCCGUCCCCCCCACCCUCAGGGUCCCACUCUCGCUGGGCUAAGGGGUUUAACUCUUACCUUUCUCCAGCGCCGGGCCAUCUCUCCGCCCUCUUCUGACGUCAGCACCGAAUGCGCAUGCGCGGCAAGAGCUGCGUGCGCAUCCAAUCAGUCCAUAGGAAAGCAUUUCUCAAUGAGUGAGAAGCGCGGAAGCGCCUCUAGCGGGUGUCAGUGAGACAGCCACUAGCGGCUCGAUUAACCCAUAUGUAAACAUAGCAGUUUCUCUGAAACUGCUCUGUUUACAGCUGCAGGGUUAACCCUAGAUGGACCUGGCACCCAGACCACUUCAUUGAGCUGAGGUGGCCUGGGUGCCUAUAGUGGUCCUUUAAUAACAUUAGGUCCAUGCUGACUAUAUAGGGUCUGUGUGAUUAGGUGAAGAGAGAUGCUACCUUCCAAACAAUGCAGGCAUUACUACACAUUAGCUAGUGAGGAACACUAUAAACAUUUUUCUGAACAGGUAGAUAAAGCCUGCAGUAUUCAUAUUGGGAAUAUAGAGUAAUAGAGAUACAGUAAGAAAAAAGUGUGUGGUAGUUAAAAAUAACUACUGGCCACCUAAGUGGAAACCCCUUCUACCACUUAAAUAGAAAUACAAUACAUACAUACAAUAGGUGGGACACACAUCUGUAGAUUCUAAAAAAACAAGAUAAAACAUCAUAGUGUAAUAUAUCAAAAUGAACUGUAAUCAGUAGAGAUAGAGCAGUAUUACUCACAAGCCUAGAGCCAAUUUAGACAUAUGGCUCUUAUGUGCAGCGCAGUGGGACUUUUAUUUGGAUGUCCCCAUCCCUCUUGGUAUUCCUCCUUUGGUAGAAGAUCACAAUAUUCCAAUGUGUUUCCAAUGAGGGAACUUUAUUGAUGCGUUCCAAACACAGAAAACCCGGAAGCAAAGAAGAUGAGUGCUUUAUAAGGACGCCAAGAAGCUGCCACUGGAUAUACAGACUGAUGCCAACUGAGGAAGCCCCCACCAUAGGGCGAAACGCGUUUUGGACUUACAUAGUCUACAUAUUGGACUUUCAAUUGGACUUAUUGUCUAUAUUUUUAAUUUUCAUUGGGAAUAUUUAUUUCCAUACUUUUUUUUUUUAUAUUCACUGUUAUUUCACAAUAAAGUUCCCUCAUUGGAAACACAACUUACCCUGUUCGCCACACCUCACACCAAUCUGCCCGCCAAAUGGUAUGUAUGUAAGAUCUCUUCGGCUGGUCACUUCAACAACAGGGAACCAUAGCCGAGUUGGAAAAGAUUGCGCUUGAGAAUAAGUGCUGGAUGUGUGCUGGAUAAAACGGACUUGUAGUCUAUGCGUUUCGUCAGUACUCAGUACUAGUUUCAUAUCUGUUAUAUCUAUUUUUGUCAUAAUAUAUGGCAUGUUAUAGAUUUAUGUCUCUUGUAGGUUAAUACUCAGAGAUUUUUGUACAGAAACAUUUAUUUUUUUACACCGAAUCUUUUAUAUACAGUAUAUAUAGUAUUUUGUUUGUAAUAUUGUAUUCUAUUCUAACAAUGUAAUGUUUUGUGGACUCAGGACAAACUUGAAAAUGAGAGAAAUUUCAAUGUAUACUUCCUGGUAAAAUAUUUUAUAAAUAAAUAAUGUAUAAUAUAAUGUACAGUUGGGAGGGGCACAGGUCGUCUCUGUGUGUGAGUAUCAUUUUGUGGUAAAAGGUGAAUGUUUUGCUCUUUUCAGGCCGCAUACGUAAACCGUUUGGAGAGUAUGCAGAAAGUACUACAAGACUCUGCAUUCUUUGGUUCUCACGAGGUAAGAUAUGACCAAAGACGAGAUUCCGACCAGAUUAUGAUAUGAUAUAUAUAUAUAUAUAUAUAUAUAUAUAUACACACCGUCUCUUUAAAUGAGACUGGAGAUGUGAAAUGUGUGCGGAAAAUGUUUAGAAGAGCAGCCAUUAAUGACGCUGUGGUUAUAGUGAUUAACGGUGACGCUUUAUCUGUACAUUUCAAUAAGUAAUCCGUCUUUCUGGGUGGAUGAAUGGAGGUAAAACAAAAUAAGAAAGCAAAACUUGCUCCCAGUUCCCCUUUUAGUUAAAACACAAAAUAUGCUUAUUAAAGCAUAAAAGAGCCCACACAUUACAUAAUAUUGCUUACAGCUUCUAGAAUGACAAUUUUAAAGUGGCAAUGUGCAAUUUAAAGGGAAUGAAAGCAACAGCUAAAGCACUUCAGCUUGCCGGAUUGCUUUAUGUGUGUAGAGUGUGUCCUCUUUUUGUUUUUAUUUUACAAAAAGUGCAGAUUUCAUUAGAAAUUGGCAGUUUUCUAAAUUAACCUUGUUAUACCCCUCACUAGCCCUCCCCUGGUUGUCAAACAAGAGGUCCUGUUACUUCCUGGUUGUUUAGCUCAGUGGAGCUAAACUCAAGAGACAGCAAUUGCCCAGAGCACCUGCCUUGCAAAGACUUCUCAUUGAGCUGCAUUGAGAAGUAUGUGUUUGGACAGCCUCAUAAAGUCUGGGCGGGGUUAGAAGGGGAGGGCUUUAAAAGGCUGCAAACAAGAGAUCUGCAGCUGUUGCAAGCUGUUUGUAGAUAUAUCCCAAAUAAAAAAAAUGCAUAAUUAAAUACAUGCAUGUUUUCAUUGGGGGUAUAUCUACUAAUAGUUGUUUUUAUUUAUGUAGGGGAGUGACCCUUUCACAUGGUAAAACAGGGUACAUCCAAUUAGUAUAAAAUGUUGUAGGGUUUAUCGUUAUCAUGUUUUGUAUUGAGUGGUUGCAUAUUAGCAAAAUUACCAAAAUCUCGCUCAUAAGGCGUAUUGAUAUAGUGAUUCUCUCAUUUUCUACAAUAGUUUAACCCCUCACAUGCUCACGCGUUCCUUUUGGGGUUAACAAGUGGGCUUUAAAGGCCAAGAGACAAAUUGUCAGCCUGUUUCCCCUUACAUAUGGGGUUAUUCACUAAAUAAUGACCGAAUUUGGGCUUGAUGGCAAUCCACAGAUAGGCUAAAGCCAAUUCUGGUCAGAAUGUCAUCAGUCCGACUGGAUUUAAAUACGUCGCCCUGAUGCAUUCAGUAUCGGGUUAAAAUCUGUGCUUUCGCGUCUGAAUCCUGUACAAAAAGAUAGGAUUCAAAAGAUUUGCAAAGCAACAAUUUUAGCUAAAUUUUGAAAUCGAAUGUAUCUGGUAUUAACAAAACAUUCAUUUGCAUUUUUGCAAUUAAAUAGAUAAUAAAGCAAGAAGUAAUUGCAAGCGGACAAAUAGUUAGCUCUUCAUGGUGCAAGGGUUAAUAGUGUCCACUGGCCAGUGCUUGCUAUCCAGCUGCUACAUUAAAUACUCUAAACCAGGGGUGCCCAAAAGGUCGAUCCCCAGAUGUUUUAAAACUACAGCUUCCAUGAUGCUUUGUCAUUCUAAAGGCAAGCUAAAGGCACACAAAUCAUCAUGGGAGUUGUAGUCUAACAACAUCUAGAGAUCUACUUUUUGGGCGGCCCUGCACCAACACUAAACUAAUAAAAAGCCUAUGGGGGUCAAUAAGAUCCCAUAUUACUAUAAGGGAGGGAUUUCACCACCCUAUGUCCACCAAAACUUUAAAACUAGUGAGGAUGUGGCCUGUUGAAUAAUGUUGGGACAUGGUGGGAGAUUUUAAAAUAUGUAAAGGGAGGUCGACACGUCCCUGUCCACCUCCUUGUCCCCACCACCCCUUCUACAUGUGAGGGAAGGCAUCCUUAAUCCCUCGUCACCAUUCAUUAAAAUUAAAUUACCCUACCUACCCCACCUCAACUUAAUAAUAUGAGGGGACAAUAAAACUAAUUCCUAUAAAAAUAAAAUUAUACUUACUCAUAAGAAGUCUUCUUACGUGUAACUCUUCUUUUCUUUAGACUUAAAAUGACCAGAUUAAACUCCAUAAUAACAUGUUAAAACUAAUCACAAAUUUACAUUACAAAAAACGCAACUUUAUAAAAUGAAUCCCUUUUCACCUUGCAAGGGCUCAUCUCAGACUGAUCGCAGACUGAGCCCUUAUAAAGGUUUUCCCACACUAUGUCAGGAGGUUAGUAGUUUAGAAUUUUUUUUAACGUUUGGCAGCGUUCAGUCCUGCUGAAAUCCAGACCAAAUUUAGGCCCAUUCAAGGCAUGAAUUACAAAAUCUGAACAUUAUAUGCAACCAGAUGGUUUUGUGAACUUUAGUGAAUAAUUACGAUAAUGUUUCCCUUCACAUACAAUAUUAAAAAUUGCCCUAUUAGUAGGGAAGACUCUUCCCUAUACUGUAAGGCUGCCCUCAUUUUUCCCCUGCAGCCUGAUUGCUCAGCCUGGCUGUGGAACGCCUGUGCUGCAUCUGGUAAUAUAUAAAGAUGAUAAAAAGUGUCUCUGCUGCUGCUGCUCAAAUGACUUCCCACUCACCGCCCCAGGACCAUCUUUGCUCUGCCUGAAGCUUAUUCCGUUGCUCCCGCCAGUGGCGCCUCUAGGCUAUGUGAGGUCUUAGGCAAAACUCAAACUUGAAACCCCCCACUAACAACCAUAGUGAAAAAAUAAAUAGUGGUUGCAUUGUGUGUGUAUAAGGAGUGUAAAUAUAGUGAAGGAAGUUCUUGCAGCAUGCGUUACAGAGAGCCAGUUUCUGCAUUCAUUGUUGCAGUGUCGCAGUUCCCUGGGUCAAUGCAUUGUGAGCUCUCUAACUGUAGUUAUGGCAUGAUUUGCAAACUAAAUUAAUUUGCAAUAAACAAAUUAAUGCUCAUUUAUACACAAUUGCGAGGUACGGUUGCAUAGCCAUGUCGUGUAUACUUAAGCACUGGUGUAAAGGGAUUAUUGGAAACAAAAAUAAAAAUUGUGAUUGGCCGAAAAAGCUUUUCAAAAAUAAUUUUCCAAGUAAAAAAGUAACAGAUAAGAAAACAGUGCCAUUAACAUUUUCCCCACGUAUUCGGUAAUCCCUUUACAUAUACAGUAUCUCACAAAAGUGAGUACACCCCUCGCAUUUUUUAAAUAUUUUAUUAUAUCUUUUCAUGUGACAACACUGAAGAAAUGACACUCUGCUACAAUGUAAAGUAGUAAGUGUGCAGCCUGCAUAACAGUGUAAAUUUGCUGUCCCCUGAAAUUAACUCAACACACAGCCAUUAAUGUCUGAACCGUUGGCAACAAAAGUGAAAAUGUUCCCCUAAGUGGAAAUGUCCAAAUUGGGCCCAAUUAGCCAUUUUCCCUCCCCGGUGUCAUGUGACUCAUUAGUGUUACAAGGUCUCAGGUGUGAAUGGGGAGCAGGUGUGUUUAAUUUGGUGUUAUCGCUCUCACACUCUCUCAUACUGGUCACUGGAAGUUCAACAUGGCACCUCAUGGCAAAUAGCUCUCUGAUGAUCUGAAAAAAAGAAUUGUUUCCCUACAUAAAGAUGGCCCAGGCUAUAAGAAGAUUGCCAAGACCCUGAAACUGAGCAGCAGCAUGGUGGCAAGACCAUACAGCGGUGUCACAGGACAGGUUCCACUCAGAACAGGCCUCGCCAUGGUCGACCAAAGAAGUUGAGUGCACGUGCUCGGCGUCAUAUCCAGAGGUUGUCUUUGGAAAAUAGACGUAUGAGUGCUGCCAGCAUUGCUGCAGAGGUUGAAGGGGUGGGGGGUCAGCCUGUCAGUGCUCAGACCAUACGCUGCACACUGCAUCAAAUUGGUCCGCAUGGCUGUCAUCCCUGAAGGAAGCCUCUUCUAAAGAUGAUGCACAAGAAAGCCCACAAACAGUGUGCUGAAGGCAAGCAGACUAAGGACAUGGAUUACUGGAACCAUGUCCUGUGGUCCGAUGAGACCCAGAUAAACUUAUUUGGUUCAGAUGGUUUCAAGUGUGUGUGGCAGCAACCUGGUGAGAAGGACAAAGACAAGUGUGUCUUGCCUAAAGUAAAGCAUGGUGGUGGGAGUGUCAUGGUCUGGGCCAGCAUGAGUGCUGCCGGCACUGGGGAGCUACAGUUCAUUGAGGGAACCAUGAAUGCCAACAUGUACUGUGACAUACUGAAGCAGAGCAUAAUCCCUUCCAUUCGGAGACUGGGCUGCAGGGCAGUAUUCCAACAUGAUAACGACCUCAAACACACCUCCAAGAUGACCACUUCCUUCCUAAAGAUACUGCAGAUAAAGGUGAUGGACUGGCCAAGCAUGUCUCCAGACCUAAACCCUAUUGAACAUCUGUUGGGCAUCCUCACAUGGAAGGUGGGGGAGCACAAGGUCUCUAACAUCCACCAGCUUUGUAAUGUCGUUGCCAACAGUUUACGCAUUAAUGGCGGUGUGUGGAGUUAUUUUGAUGGGACAGCAAAUUUACAUUGUUAUACAGGCAGUGCACUUACUACUUUACACUGCAGCAGAGUGUCAUAUCUUCAGUGUUGUCACAUGAAAAGAUAUAAUAAAAUAUUUACAAAAAUGUGAGGGGUGUACUUACUUUUGUGAGAUACUAUAUAUAUAUAUGUGUUUCCCAAUGUAUUGUAUGUUUGUUAAUUAUACAUGUUGCUACUUUAUCUUUGCAUUGCCUAUACCAAACCACCCUCAUGUUGCUGCCACAGACACAAACACACCAAUACAUGCACACAUAUACACACUGAUGCAUUCAUAUCCAUACACAAACACACUGAUGUACAGAGAGACACAUUUUUACACUUACAGACAUACAGUCAGAAUGUGUCUCUGUAUGUGUGUAUUUCUGAUUGAGGGUGAAUGUGGGAGGGCGAGAGGACGUUAAUGUGACAGUGUUAGGGAUGUGUAUGACAUGGUUGGGGGAGGGAGUGUGACAUGGCAGGGACAGAUUAGUGUGACAGUAUUAGGAAAGUUAAUGGUGACAGGGUGAAUGUGGCGUGGUGGGGUGAGUAUAACAGGGUUGGCAUGGUUGGGGGAGGGAGUGUGACAUGGCAAGGGGAGGUGAGUGUGACAGGAUUAGAGGUGUUAAUGUAACAGGGUGAGUGGCAGGGUUGGGGGGUGAAUGUGGUAGGAUUUGAGGAUGGAGUGUGGCAGGGCGCGGGCAAGAGAUUGGUUGGGGGAGAUGAAUGACAGGAUUGGAGGGGUUCAUGUGAUAGGGUGAGUAUGACAAAGUGGGGAUGAGUGUGACAGGGUUGGGAGGGUGAGUGUGACAUCCAUUUUAAAAGAGGGUUAAUGUGAUAGGGUGAGUACGACAGAGGGGGUGAGACAAACAGAGUUAAUAAGGGUUAAUGUGAGGGGGUGGUGGUGUGGUGUGUGUUGUUUUUUUCAUGGCAAUACUCUGAUUGGCUGAGUUUGCGAGACCUCUACCAUGUGGUCUGCACUCAGCAGACCGACUGGUCUGUUGCUUGCCCAGCUGUGCACCAGGCCCCUUCCCAGUGUCUGCCCUCACAGACUGAGGACCCAAUGAAUCAAUCUGCCAUAAGGCGAAUUAAACAGCUUUGAGGCCCCAGUCAGAGAAGGCCGUAGGUGGCCGCCUAACUAGAAACCAGUCUGAUAGUCAACACAGGUUAUAGAUGAUUGUCUGUGUUAUAUUCUAUUAUGUUAUUUCUAGAGAAGUGACAGUUUUACUUUCAUUUCUAGGAGUUCCUUAUUCAUGCUAAUACAAUUUAGUGAUUCAACAUUGAUUCAUUUCUGAGCACAUUCCCACAACAAAGUAACAGAUGCCAUGGAGAUGUGCUCAUUCAAGAAGCAUUAUAGCACAUUAAGUGAAUGAGAAACGCCUGGAAAUGUAGACGUUUGGCAUCUACAGUUGGGUGACCAGAUGUCCCUUUUGAGGUGGAGAUGGUUAGAUGUAUGUAGGCUAAUGCACUCUACAGCGCUAUAUAUUGUGUUGGCACUACAUAAAUCAUAGAAAGUACCAAACCCAGUUUAUUAAAAAAAAAAAAAAAAAAUACUAAUUUGCUCCGACUCUGGCACCAUGAAAGUCUGAGAGGACUUUACUUUGCAGAAAAGUAUGAUUUUCUUUAUUUUGCUCUUACAGAUACUUACUGAUAGAACAAUUACUUUAAGAGGUUUCUCACCCUUUAAAUUACAGUGUUAUUAUUGGUAAUAGUGUGAAUAUCACUUCAGCCUGAGAACUGGUCUACUAGAGUGAAGGAGACAAAUUUGAGUUUACUCAACAGUUGGAUAUUGGUGGAAUUUAGGUUCUCCAUGUCCUUAUACAUGAGGAGCAGUCAUCCAGCCAAGCAAUGAUCUAUCGUUUUGAAAUAGAAUGUGUGGAAAUAGGACCUCUGUUUUCUUUUAAAUUUUAGAUUUACAUCAUUGCAUGUUUACAUGUCAGACAACUUUGGAUGUGGUCAGUUGUGAUGGGAUGAGAGGUUCCAGAGUUAUGACAGUAUUUGUGCCAAAUUUCUUGCCAUUAGAGGACAGUCACAGAAGGAAAUUGACUGAACACUCUAACUUUAAACGUAACAUUUUUGAAGUUAAAGGGUUACUCCAACCACCAUGACCACUUCUGCUUUUACAAGUGGUCACGGUGGUAGGAAUCUGUAUGUGCAGUGUUUCUGCUUGAAACCCUGCACACACAGAUAUGUUUACUUCUGUUUCGGGGGUUAGUUACACUGCUGGCACAUGUGACUUAGUCAGCUGGAUCUCUGUUCUGGGCUGCCUAAUGUUAAAUCUCAGCAUAAAAUAAGGUUGUCAUCAGUGCACAUAGCAUCGUGGCUACAGACACGGUCAGCUUCUGCCCCUGAAGGCCACACUUGCAAGUGGAAGCCUCUAUAUCUCCUCCCUCUCUUUCAUUUAAUCCCUCCCUUCCAUCCUGCCUGUCUUUCUAAUAUUUCCUCAUUUUUAAAAUAUAUAUUUUUCUUAAGCCCUUCGAAACUCAGACUUCGCGCAUCUUAGCCAGUGAGCAUGAUCUACAGUUUCUCCUCCCACUGUGAGAUCAAGUAUGAUGAUCACGAUCCAAUGUGUCUCAGAGAAGCAUUGUGGACCCAAGCUGCUGGGGUCCAUUAAUCAAAUGCUUCAUGUUCAAACAUUAAAUCCUAUUUUUGCUUAUUAUUUAUUGUUAUUGAAUCCUGUGUUUCAUCAUCUUCAUGUUGUGCUUGAUGACCCAGAAGGUGAAGGUUUAAAAAAAAAAAAAAAAAGUCUUUGGGGGAGCUUUAGUGCCAGGGAUUUUCUGGCAUUAUAGUUUCCCUUUUAGUGCUACCCCUUUUCAAGCUCCCCCCCCCCUUCCCCUCCCUGUGGUGCAGAAGGGGUUAAAAAGCCCUUCUGUCACUUACCUUAGUCCAGCACCGCCUUCUGUCACUUACCUUAGUCCGGCACCGAUGUCCCUUAGCGCUGGCUCGGGCUCCGCCUCCACUCUUCCCCAGCCGACGUCAACUGGUUAGCCGACGUCAACUAAUUAGGACGUCCCACUAGGAAAGCAUUAUACAAUGCUUUCCUAUGGGGUUUUGGGUGACGCUGGAUGUCCUCAUGCAUAGCGUGAGGACAUCCAGCAUCAGUUAGGCAACCAAAAGUCGUCUAACGACCCGGAAGUCACUCAUUAAGCUGACUGGUAGACCCCUGUCUGGAGUUAACCCACAAAGGUAAUUAUUGCAGUUUAUUAAAAAGUGCAGUAAUUACCUUUGCAGGGUUAAGGGACACUGCACCCAGGCCACUUCAAUGAGUGGAAUUGUCUGGGUGCCUAUAGUGUCCCUUUAAAGAGGAAGUAGCUAUAACGACUGGCUGUGGACAAUGCUCUUUCUCAAAAAUGGCACGGUUUUUACAUUGUCUGAGAAAAGAGACCGCAUCUAUUCACCAGAACCACUACAUUAAUAUGUAGUGGUUUAGUGCUUAUAAUGUCCCUUUAAGAGCACUAACAGGAGUUCUUGGUUAGAGAGAGUGUUAUUGAAAGGAAGCUCAAAUCAAUUUGCAUUGCUGGAGCAGAGAUAGAAAGAUUGUGAAUUAUGUCAUCAACUGCUUCUGCAUUGUCACAAUCUGUUUGUUCAAACAGUGCCAUCUGGACAAAAAGCAGACUCAGAUCAUUCAUUAUUUUAAUUUUUUUCAACAAAGUUUCGAGUUGUUCCUAAUAAUAACUCUUGCUUCUGCAAACAAAGUAUUAUUUUUUUCCUUUUCAAUUCGAGACAUGCGAGAAAAAAAACCCAAGAUCUAUUAAAAGGCUUUCGAGGCAAUGUUUAUUUUAGCAGUUAGGUUAAAAACAUUGGAGGUAGGAACAGAGUUUAAUAAUGUUCUGUCUUAUUAUUGUAUAAACACUAUUUGUCAAGCCUGAGUAAAGUCAUUCAUUCUAGAUUGAAACAUCGUUAGUUUUACUCGUCAUGAGUGAAUAAAUCCUUAGAAGACCGCUAAAGUCAUCCAGGACACUUCAUCUCAAUGUCGCGGUGCUUUAGCUUAAACCUUGCAAUGUAAAACAUUGCAGUUUUUAGAAACUGCAAAGUCCACAUCUAGUGGCUGUCCUCUAGUGACACUGACCGACGUAGAAGCGCCAAUGGAAAAGUAUUAAAUCCAAAAUAGUUUGGAUGCGUGAGGUCUAUGAGCAAUGCUUUGGACCAUCGCAGAGGAGCUCGGCAGCACUGAGGGAGUCUCGGUGCUAUAAAAAAAAAAAGCAAGUGUCUAAAACUUUAGGAAUACAGGCUUUUACUCGCUUUAGUGUUCCUUACAACAAAUGUCACACAAAUUGGACUAGAUGUAAUUUUAUUCGAUUUUAAAUAUUACUUGAGUCAUUAUUUUUUUAUUUAUUUUUUUAAAUUAGCAUUGUCUUGGGGUAAAUCUGUGCUGGUUUGUAUUCUUCAUUUCCUGACAUUGAAGUCAGUCCAUAAAGACAUUUUAUUCACAUAUACAGAUGAUGCAUGAUGGAGAUAUUGCUAAGAGACACUCCAUGCACCAUAAUAACCUAUGCUUGUUUGAACAUGUUAUGGUACAAAGAAGUCUUUUGUCUCCCUGGAAACAGUCUGAGUUUUUUUUUUUUUUUUUGUAAAUCAUUGCAGUUACAAGUAGCUAAUGACAGUCUUGGCCUCUGGGGAAAAUUAAACCGUGGAUCUGCUAAAGACCAAUAGUCCUGCUUCAGGCUCGAAUUCACCACUAUUUUAAUGCAAUACAUACAUUACAUUUUCAAUUGCAUUUGAUUUUUAGUCUAAAGUAAAAUGGAUUUUAAAGUUCCUGCGUUUAACACAAACUGCCAGGACUUGCAGCCUCUUUAGUGAACUCUUACCAAUACAGUAUGUAUUUUGAACAUGCGGCCUUCCCAUUAUGUUUUGUGGGAACAUUUGGCAUAUCACACUCACAAAAGCAGCAGUGCUUUCAGUUGCAGGAGCCUUGCUUGCCCAUGUGCUCCUUUGUGCUAGUUCUGCCAGUUUAUUAUUGCUCACGGCAGGUUUCUUGGUCCAUUGGACUUUGCCUGAUUGCUAACUCUGCUCCUGAACCCUUGCCUCUACUCUGUGUGGGUCAUAGCAUUUACAAUGGCUACUAUCAGCAAGUCACAUAUUCUGAAGAAUAUAACCUUAAACCGCUUCUGAGCUAUGCUGAAAAUAUAAAGGCUAUCCUUGGCUACCUCCUAAUUUAGGCACAUCUUGCCGCAUGAAGCUUUUUCAUUCUUUAUAUUGUCUAUAUAGUGCAUUAAAAUGGAGGUCCAACACCUUCACCGAGUGCCUUUUUAAUUUAGAGCUUGGCAAACCACAGGCAGUUUUCUGCAGUUCACACAAAGAAAAAUAGUGUUAACUUACAUACAGGGCUAGACUCCUCUAUUUUAUCUAAAAGUCAUGGAGUAAGCAAUUUUAUUUUAUAUGGUAAAAUCAUCAGUGUGAUUAUCCUGUUGACUACAAUCCUGAUAAAGACUGAAAUUACUGUAUCCCUCUACUGCUUAGAAUGCAUAAGCAGAGCAAGCCAUGACUUUACACACAAUGACAGACCAAACCAAAUGUAUAGGUAUUAUCCUAUCCCUUCCUAUUCAGAAACUUCAAUUCUGUCUGACAAUUGUUUGUGUGUAUUGAAGUUAGCGGACUUGUUGAAAGCGGUUAUUUGGGGUCACUUGCAUCAAAAGAACACUAUAGUCACCAAAACUGUAGCUUAAUGAAUUAGUUUUUGUGUAUACAUCACUGCUCAAUUCUCUGUCAUUUAGGAGCUAAAACACUUUUGUUUCUGUUUAUGCAGCCCUAGCCACUCUUUCCCUGACACGGCCUGCAUGAAUGGUUUAAUUUUCAAUGAGAUGUAACUUACUUUAAAAGUUUUGUAUCUCCUGCUCUGUAAAUUGAACUUUAAUUACAUACAGGAGACUCCUGCAGGGUCUAGCAAGCUGUUAACAGAGCAGACGAUAAAUUCUAAAUUAAACAGAAUAUGCAAUACAGUAAACAUUAGAUCUCUCUGAACAGGAAGUGUUUAGGAAGGCUGUGUAAGUCACAUGCAGGGAGGUGUGAUUAGGGCUGUAUAAACAAAGUGAUAUAAUUCCUAAAUGGUAGAGAAUUGAGCUGUGAGGCUACAGGGCCAUGAUCUAUACACCAAAACUGCUUCAUUAAGCUAAAGUUGUAUUGGUGACUAUAGUGUCCCUUUAAUGCACUAGAUUACCAGCGAUAUGUGGACUUUUAGCAAGGAUAUGAUGGAUUACUUUAGUGUUAUCUGACUGAGCAUAUAGUAUAACCUUCCUUCUUUCUUGCUUCAGGUGAUUGGAAGCUCGCUGCUUUUUGUUCAUGACCGCCGUGGAUUCUCAAAUGUGUGGAUGAUUGAUUUUGGAAAAACAUCUCCAGCACCCACUAACCUUACCCUGCAACAUGAUGUUCCCUGGGAAGCUGGCAAUCACGAGGAUGGCUACCUAAUAGGACUGAAAAACCUAAUUCAAACCAUGCAGGAGACAAUACGCAAAAUAGAGGAAAGCAAGGAAACUCAACUUAAAGAGUCGGGGGAAGGACAAGAAGAAACAGAAGAUGUAGAAAUUAAGAGGGAAGAGAAAUCAACAAUCAUGGAUACAAAUGACACUGUAGCAAAGAGAGGACUUUUAGCACAGGAAUAAGCACUAAAGGAAAUGGUCCAAACACCAUCUGCAGAGAAAGGCAACAGGGCAGUGAGACAUAAGAGUUGUUAAGUCUUGUAAACCAGGUUGUGGUUAGCAUAGUUAGCGUGAUGAACUUGGCUUCUUGCUGCUUCAUUCCAGGAAUUGACAUUAACAAACAAACAAAAGGCUUCCUUAAUAUUAGAAUCAUGAUGAAAAGCUGGCCAACUCCAAUAUGGAGUGCAGAUAGAUAAUGCAGGGCUUGAUCUUCCAUGAAGAUGAGGACACUGUAGAACUACAGAUAGUAAACAAAACAUUCAUCCACAUCAGGGAAGACUAGUAUGGACCUCAUCUGUUUGCAUGACUCUUCGGUGGGACUUUCUAACUUGUUGCUCAUUUCUGUCUAUCACUGUAUCAUUAUGCUGGGGGUAGGAAGGAGGGGGCACACAGAUUUCUAAAUUUUUGAUGGUCACCCUAUAAUAAAAUGGACUCACGGGUCCCUUUUGGCAGUGUUCUGCUGCUUGGAGGGUCUGACUCAUAGCUCCCUUCUACCAUGUCACCUUAGAGCGCUGUGUUAAUGUCAACAUUAUGUGGAACUGGAACCUCUUAUGUUGCAUGGCAUCUACUUAACACCACCCAAACAUGCCACCCAGGCUGUAAUACUAGGAAUAGUUCACAAAAAGUGUUAUCUUAAGUGCCAAGUAAAAAUUCCAGCUAUUCCUUCCAAUGGCAAGAGUAUUUGCCAAAUAAGGUUGGGCAGCGCCAACUUAAUGCAUUUUCUACAUCAAGGAGAACUAAAGAACACAACAGCAGCUCCGUUCUGUGUGUCUCCUGCCAGGACAGGGAAAUUGAUUUAUUUCUUGUUCGUAUUAAGAGCAAAACUUAAACAAUGUCACAUCGUUUGCUCACUAUACUAACGUGUGCGAAAAUUUUAGUUUGACACGAUUUAAAUAUCCCACAUUCUGUGAAAUAAAGUCAAAAUAUAUACAUUUAAAAUAUAACUACCGGUAAUAUUCUUUAUAUCACACUCUAUGAUCGCCCUACCCAUCUGGUACAUUUGGACAACAGGAAUUCUUAACAUUCUAUUUUUAUUUAUAUAUUUAUAUAUGUAUACAUAUAUUUUCAUAUAUAUACUUAUUUGGCCUCGGUGUUGGAACAAAAGCUUUUAAAAGAGGGAGAGGAGGAUAUAAAAAGCAACAUAACACAGUUUAAGGAGGGAGGCCCUAUGGAGCUGUGCUCCUUCAAAGGAUAGAACAGUCACACUGUGCUCAGACUCAUUUUCGGCGUGCAGAGAAAAAAAAAAAAUGAAGUCUCUGAUAGCCAGGCUGGAAAAGUACCAUAUUGUCUUUUGAUAUCAAUGAAGGUGCAGGGGACAGCAAUCAAUACAGACACUGAAUUAAGGAAUAAAAGUUGUAAGGAACAGUGCUGUGGACGAGUUAAUUGGAGAGUCAUUGAGGGUUUUAAGAAGCAGUUAAAUAGGCAAUAAAAAAAUUAAAAUAAAGGACAUGGAACUUUUUUCACAUGGCAAAAUUUAGUCACAGCCUGUUUGAUGGGGCAACAGAAGGCGCUUAAGAUUGGUGUGGGGUAGUUAUGCAGUCACGUUUUGGGUCCACUUAAUACAAAGAUGUAGUGUACCCCAUUCAGCUUCACAUAUUUUCUCUCUCUUUUGGCACUUUCGGGGGCAGAGAUGUGAAGGCUUUUAGUCUUGUCCUUCCUCUGACCUCCACUUUUGAGAGUCCUCUUUGUGGGCAUCAGGCCGAAUCUGGUUCCUCAUCCCACCAAGUAGGUUAGAAGUGGCUUCUGUGGCCACUAUGAAAGGCUUCACAACAGUGGGUGGUAUUUGCCGUAGUACUCCUCCAACUGCACCAGUCAAGCCCUUCUGCUCGUGGCCACGGGAUGCUACAUCACGUAUGGUUUGAGCAGUGUCAAUGACACCCUAUAGAAACAAAAGAAAAAAAACAAAACAAAAAAAAAACGGUCACAGGCCAGAAAUUUUGUUCAAGGCAAGUACAGAGAACAAAAAUUCAUAAACAAAACAGUCUUUAUGCUCUCCUUGAGAACUCACCUCUCUCACAGUAUCAUAUGCCUUGGCCACACCUUCUCGCAGAUCUGCUGGCUGUUGGCCUCGCCGUAGUCUACGAGACUGCCUCACAUCAAGUGACAAGCGGGACACUGGUGGUGUAGGAGACAGGAUAUCGUACACAGUCUCUGCAGUAGCCUGCAAGUAAACAAUAGAGACGUCAAAAAAGUGAUACUUAAUUAUCUAGUCCAUAGUAUAGGACUCCUUCAUAUAGUUGCAGUUCUAGGGGGUCCAAGAUAUACCACACCUGUAUAGCUUGCACCAAGCGAUUGCUAAGCUCCAAAGCAGCAGAUGCAGUGGAAGUACCAAAUGAUGCUGCUCCCCGCUGCAAACCGCGUAUAAUGCGUCCAUCUUUACGAUAUUGUUCAAUAGGCAACCAGAAGAGGUCUCGCACACCAUGAACUAAAAGAUUUGAAAAAAGCAUGAUUAAUUUCAAUUAAUGCAAGGGAUCCUAUAUUACAUCAUUGUUCGUGUCCAUUUCACAUUCAAAUUGUUAUUAUAAAAUUAUUUGCAUAGAAUCUUACAUUAUGGAGUUAGAUCCUCAAAUGGUAAUAUAUUUUAAUAGUAAUAUUCACAAUGCAUGACAUCUCCCUCAUAUUACAAUGUAUCCCCAUCUGAUAAUUUCCCUUAUUUACAACUUGAGAGGGAUGUAUUGGAUGUUUCUUUAUAAACUGUUUCAACAAGUAGAAUACAUUAACUUGUAGCUUAGUAAUAGCAAGUAAUUUAAUUUAUGGUAAGACAUGAAUUAAACUUCCCAGCAAGUUAACAGAAAAUACAUCAGUUUCCAAUAGCUCACAAAAUAGCUGGGCUUGUAUUUUUUAUUUUUUUUUAUGGAUCAGGAUACUCAGUAUUUCCUGGGUGGUAAGCCCAGGUAAAUCACCUCCAUCUAAUUUCUAGCAGGAGCUUCGUCACUGCUUGUACCUUUGUACAUGCAACCAAUGCAAACUAGCAAUGUCUGAGAAUUUACAGAAGUUUUAUUCAAAUUCUGAAGCCGUUAAUAUGGGGUUUUCUACCUUUGGAGAGCUGGAGUGUGAAGGCUUUCCCUGGGGUGUAGUGGGACUGCUGUCAUCCCCCUACUCAGCUCCCUCUUGCGCACUGUUUAGUGAGUGGGGGGCCAGAGAGAUGUCAUAAUCCUGCUGCCGGCAUUACUACAAGGGAGCAGAGCAGGGAUAUUACAGCUCCCACGCUACCCGCUUCCCUACCUUAGAUCUACAUGAGCCUGCCUCCCUCCAUCAGCUCUCCAUGAGCAGGCGGCUGCCGCCUGCCUGCGUGAGCCGAAUGCCCACCUCUGCUCAGAAUCAGCCAGUCACCUCAGGGGCUGAACAGUCUCGCAACUCCCAGGCUUUGUCGAGCUCUGCAUUAAAGUCUUUGGAUUGAGGGGCUUCUCCCAGAGAGGACCAUACAAAUAUACUGUGAAAACCCAGUGAGAGAUUUGUAUGACUUAAUUUCACAGUUAUUCCAACUAGCCAUUACAUUACACACUGUGCGGUUUAUUGGCUACACUUGCCUUGGAGGAGAACUGACAAGGAGAUUGCACAAUUUUGCUCACAAUGGCUAAGAAGGAGAUUUUUUCCAAAUGAACUACUCUGUCCUAAAAUAUGCUAUUGCCUCGCCAAGUCUCCACAAUUCCCAGUUCAAUUAAUAAACU